ACAGCCACGGCAGCCGGGGCUGGGGAGAACACCUCAGACACCGAGAUAUCAAAGCCCAUCCUCUGCAGCUUGGCUACAAACUCCUCCCGUGUGGCCUGGGUCUCGUUGGUACAGAAACGCAGCUGCAGAUCCGACGCCUUUAGCCUUUUCACCGCUUCUACGGAGCCUGGAAUUGGAGUGCCGCCGUCUUCCCCAGCAUCAUGUCUAAAAUCACACCUUUCAGACUUUUGACAGAGUCUUCCCAGUGGGUAGCUGCCAUGGCGAAAAAGAUUGUAUGACCUCUUAUACACGAUAUUAGGCCCAGCCUUUGUUUUUCCUAGAUAUGGCAACUAUAUAUUGUGAUCACUACAUCCAAUGGAUUUGGAUACUGCUUUAGAGCGGAUUUCUACAGCAUUCGUAAAGAUGUGAUCAAUAAAUGUGGUUGAUUUAAUUUCUCUGCUGUUUGUAAAUACCCUGGUAGGUUGACUGAUAACCUGAACCAGGUUGCAGGCACUAGUUACAGUUUAAAGCUUUUUCUUUAGUGGGUAGCGUGAUGAAAGCUAGUCAAUAUUUCAAUCACCCAGAAAGUAUACAUCUCUAUUGAUAUUACAUAUGAUUGUGUGUUCCUGGUGUAACUCGGACAGUUGUUGAUGCCAUCCUGUACCUGUCCCGCAGGUGUGAUGUUCGGAUGUCCUAAGUUUUCAUAACUGUGACCUUAAUUGCCUACCGUCUGUAAUCUGUUAGUGUCUUAACGACCGUUCAACAGGUGCAUGUUCAUUAAUUGUUUAUGGUUCAUCGAACAAGUAUGGGAAACGGUGUUUAAGCCCUUUACAAUGAAGAUCUGUGAAGCUAUUUGGAUUUUUACAAAUUAUCUUUGAAAGACAGGGUCCUGAAAAAGGGACGUUUCUUUUUUUGCUGAGUUUUUUUUUUUUUUUUAUCAUUUGAUUUACACAACAUGCCUACCACUUUGAAGAUGCAAAAUAUUUUUCAUUGUGAAACAAACAAGAAAUAAGACAAAAAAACUGAACUUGAGCUUGCAUAACUAUUGACCCCCCCCAAAGUCAAUACUUUGUAGAGCCACCUUUUGCAGCAAUUACAGCUGCAAGUCUCUUGGGGUAUGUCUCUAUAAGCUUGGCACAUCUAGCCGCUCAGAUUUUCAAGUUGGAUGGGUUCCGCUGGUGUACAGUAAUCUUUAAGUCAUACAUUUACAUUUUAGUCAUUUAGCAGACGCUCUUAUCCAGAGCGACUUACAGUUAGUGAGUGCAUACAUUUUCAUACUGGCCCCCCGUGGGAAACGAACCCACAACCCUGGCGUUGCAAGCGUCAUGCUCUACCAACUGAGCUACACGGGGCCUACAUUGGCUGGAUAUAACAUUUACAUUACAUUUACAUCAUUUAGCAGACGCUCUUAUCCAGAGCGACUUACAAAUUGGUGCAUUCAACUUAAGAUAGCCAGUGGGACAACCACUUAAAAAAAAAAAUCCAGGUAUUCCUUAAAGAGGUAGGGUUUCAAGUGUCUCCGGAAGGUGGUCAGUGACUCCGCUGUCGUGGGGGAGCUUGUUCCACCAUUGGGGUGCCAGAGCAGCAAAUAGCUUUGACUGGGCUGAGCGGGAACUGUGCUUUCGUAGAGGUAGGGGAGCUAGCAGGCCAGAGGUGGAUGAACGUAGUGCCCUCGUUUGGGUGUAGGAUCAGAGCCUGAAGGUAAGGAGGUGCUGUGCCCCUCACAGCUCUGUAGGCAAGCACCAUGGUCUUGUAGUAGAUGUGAGCCUCAACUGGAAGCCAGUGGAGUGUGCGGAGGAGCGGGGUGACAUGAGAGAACUUGGGAAGGUCGAACACCAGACGGGCUGCGGUGUUCUGGAUAAGUUGUAGGGGUUUAAUGGCACAGGCAGGGAGCCCAGCCAACAGCGAGUGCCUGGAUUAGGACCUGUGCCGCUUUCUGUGUAAGGUAGGGUCGUACUCUGCAAAUGUUGUAGAGCAUGAACCUGCAGGAUCGGGUCACCGCUUUGAUGUUAGAGGAGAACGACAGGGUGUUGUCCAGGGUCACGCCAAGGUUCUUUGCACUCUGGGAAGAGGACAUAAUGGAGUUGUCAACUGUGAUGGCGAGAUCAUGGAGCGGGCAGUCCUUCCCCGGGAGGAAGAACAGCUCCGUCUUGCCGAGGUUCAGCUUGAGGUGGUGAUCCGACAUCCACACUGAUAUGUCUGCCAGACAUGCAGAGAUGCGAUUCGCCACCUGGUUAUCAGAAGGGGGAAAGGAGAAAAUGAAUUGUGUGUCGUCUGCGUAGCAAUGAUAGGAGAGACCAUGUGAGGAUAUGACAGAGCCAAGUGACUUGGUGUAUAGAGAGAAUAGGAGAGGGCCUAGAACUGAGCCCUGGGGGACACCAGUGGUGAGAGCACGUGGUGCGGAGAGAGAUUCUCGCCACGCCACGUGGUAGGAGCGACCUGUCAGGUAGGACGCAAUCCAAGAGUGAGCAGCGCCGGAGAUGCCCAACUCGGGAGAGGGUGGAGAGGAGGAUCUGAUGGUUCACAGUAUCAAAAGCAGCGGAUAGGUCUAGAAGGAUAAGAGCAGAGGAGAGAGAGUUAGCUUUAGCAGUGCGGAGAGCCUCCGUGACACAGAGAAGAGCAGUCUCAGUUGAAUGACCAGUCUUGAAACCUGACUGGUUUGGAUCAAGAAGGUCAUUCUGAGAGAGAUAGCAGGAGAGUUGGCUAGAGACGGCACGCUCAAGAGUUUUGGAGAGAAAAGAAAGAAGGGAUACUGGUCUGUAGUUGUUGACAUCGGAGGGAUCGAGUGUAGGUUUUUUGAGGAGGGGUGCAACUCUCGCCCUCUUGAAGACGGAAGGGACAUGGCCAGCGGUCAAGGAUGAGUUGAUGAGCGAGGUGAGGUAAGGGAGAAGGUCUCCGGAAAUGGUCUGGAGAAGAGAGGAGGGGAUAGGGUCAAGCGGGCAGGUUGCCAAGGGAGGAGAGGAGGGUUGAGGAGGCAGAAUCAAGAGAUCGGAGGGAGAAGGACUCAGCAGAGGGAAGAGAUGAUAGGAUGGAAGAGGUGAGAGUAGCGGGAGAGAGAGAGAGCGAAGGUUGCGACGGCACAUUACCAUCUGAGUAGGGGCAGAGUGAGUAGUGUUGGAGGAGAGCGAGAGAGAAAAGGAUACAAAGUAGUGGUCGGAGACUUGGAGGGGAGUUGCAGUGAGAUUAGUAGAAUAACAGCUUCUAGUAAAGAUGAGGUCAAGCGUAUUGCCUGCCUUGUGAGUAGGGGGGACGGUGAGAGGGUGAAGUCAAAAGAGGAAAGGAGUGGAAAGAAGGAGGCAGAGAGAAAUGAGUCAAAGGCAGACGUAGGGAGGUUAAAGUCACCCAGAACUGUGAGGGGUGAGCCAUCCUCAGGAAAGGAACUUAUCAAGGCGUCAAGCUCAUUGAUGAACUCUCCAAGGGAACCUGGAGGGCGAUAAAUGACAAGGAUGUUAAGCUUGAAUGGGCUAGUGACUGUGACAGCAUGGAAUUCAAAUGAGGAGAUAGACAGAUGGGUCAGGGGAAAAAGAGAAAAUGUCCACUUGGGAGAGAUGAGGAUUCCAGUGCCACCGCUGCGCUGACCAGAUGCUCUCGGGGUAUGCGAGAACACAUGGUUAGACGAGGAAAGAGCAGUAGGAGUAGCAGUGUUUUCUGUGGUAAUCCAUGUUUCAGUCAGCGCCAAGAAGUCGUGGGACUGGAGGGUAGCAUAGGCUGAGAUGAACUCUGCCUUGUUGGCCACAGAACGGCAGUUCCAGAGGCUGCCAGAGACCUGGAACUCCAUGUGGGUCGUGCGUGCAGGGACCACCAGAUUAGAGUGGCAACAGCCACGUGGUGUGAAGCGUUUGUAUGGCCUGUGCAGAGAGGAGAGAACAGGGAUAGACAGACACAUAGUUGACAGGCUACAGAAAAAGGUUACAAUAAUGCAAAGGAGAUCGGAAUGAAAUGAACUAAACAUCUGGGAAAGCGAGAGAGCGGGGCCUCCCUCACUUACGUUUCACUGAAACACUCAAAUAUAACUCUCCCAACUUCCACUUUAGAAAUUAUAAAUUGUUGUUAACUACAGCGGUUCAAUGUUUCUAGGAAUAGACUAACUUAGUUUAUUCAGCUAGCAACUUGGUACAGUAUUCUUCCAUGAAAACCGUCCAGGGCACCAAAUCCUAUGACGCCAAAGCCAACUAGCAUGCCAGCCUCCAAUAACACAGUUUAGCACCAAUACUCGGUUACAACAAACCACCAGUGUGUUAACACGCCAAGCAGAUCAUUUGUGUCCGUGUCUAAGUUUUGGGUUAGUUUUGACAGUUUGAGUGAGUGCGUCGUCAACUUAUUCAGCCAGUUAGUUAGCUAGAAUAGUUAGCAUACUAGCUAGCCAUUGCUCUCUGCCAACGAGCUAACCCCUCCUCCCACGGCACGAACACACAGAGAGCCAAGCUAACGUUAACUAGUCACCCAUGUCCCGAAUUCCCUUGAACGACUCUGGUUACCAGUAUGUAAAAACAAAACAAAAAUAAAUGUAGGUUAUAACUUACCCUUAGUAGCUACUGUUAGCCAGUUAAGUGCAAAGCUAGCCACUGAAUCGAUUCAGCCAGUUCGCGUCUGUCCCAACGGAGAGAACGCGUCUCCAAAUAUUAAAGCUAGGUCGUUCCAGCUAUUGUUUAAUUAGCUAUCCAGGUAGCUAAAUUUCGAGUACAGUAGCUACUAACUACCUAACGUUAACGCUUCAGAUAAUGAGGUUAGAAAAACAGCUGAAUGGUAGGUAGCUAGCUGGCAUAAUGACAGGUACUCUUAAGCGUGAGAUAACAUUGGAAACAACUAUCCACAGUUGCUAAUAGUUACCAGCAGCUACCCGCUAGCUAGCUAGCUUUAUUGGUCCAGGUAGUGAGUUAGCUAGCCUCGUGCUUCACCGGGCUCAGCCGAAUACAAUACUUACCUACAAUAAUUACCUACAAUAACUACCUAGAUAAACUACCUACAAUACCUAACUACAAUACCUACCUACCUACAAUCUAAAUACAUGGUUUAAGCUUUAGUCGACACCAUACAGUGGGGAAAAAAAGUAUUUAGUCAGCCACCAAUUAUACAAGUUCUCCCACUUAAAAAGAUGAGAGAGGCCUGUAAUUUUCAUCAUAGGUACACGUCAACUAUGACAGACAAAAUGAGGAAAAAAAAUCCAGAAAAUCACAUUGUAGGAUUUUUAUGAAUUUAUUUGCAAAUUAUGGUGGAAAAUAAGUAUUUAGUCAAUAACAAAAGUUUCUCAAUACUUUGUUAUAUACCCUUUGUUGGCAAUGACACAGGUCAAACGUUUUCUGUAAGUCUUCACAAGGUUUUCACACACUGUUGCUGGUAUUUGGCCCAUUCCUCCAUGCAGAUUCUCCUCUAGAGCAGUGAUGUUUUGGGGCUGUCGCUGGGCAACACGGACUUUCAACUCCCUCCAAAGAUUUUCUAUGGGGUUGAGAUCUGGAGACUGGCUAGGCCACUCCAGGACCUUGAAAUGCUUCUUACGAAGCCACUCCUUCGUUGCCCGGGCGGUGUGUUUGGGAUCAUUGUCAUGCUGAAAGACCCAGCCACGUUUCAUCUUCAAUGCCCUUGCUGAUGGAAGGAGGUUUUCACUCAAACUCUCACGAUACAUGGCCCCAUUCAUUCUUUCCUUUACACGGAUCAGUCGUCCUGGUCCCUUUGCAGAAAAACAUCCCCAAAGCAUGAUGUUUCCACCCCCAUGCUUCACAGUAGGUAUGGUGUUCUUUGGAUGCAACUCAGCAUUCUUUGUCCUCCAAACACGACGAGUUGAGUUUUUCUCAAAAAGUUAUAUUUUGGUUUCAUCUGACCAUAUGACAUUCUCCCAAUCCUCUUCUGGAUCAUCCAAAUGCACUCUAGCAAACUUCAGACGGGCCUGGACAUGUACUGGCUUAAGCAGGGGGACACAUCUGGCACUGCAGGAUUUGAGUCCCUGGCGGCGUAGUGUGUUACUGAUGGUAGGCUUUGUUACUUUGGUCCCAGCUCUCUGCAGGUCAUUCACUAGGUCCCCCCGUGUGGUUCUGGGAUUUUUGCUCACCGUUCUUGUGAUCAUUUUGACCCCACGGGGUGAGAUCUUGCGUGGAGCCCCAGAUCGAGGGAGAUUAUCAGUGGUCUUGUAUGUCUUCCAUUUCCUAAUAAUUGCUCCCACAGUUGAUUUCUUCAAACCAAGCUGCUUACCUAUUGCAGAUUCAGUCUUCCCAGCCUGGUGCAGGUCUACAAUUUUGUUUCUGGUGUCCUUUGACAGCUCUUUGGUCUUGGCCAUAGUGGAGUUUGGAGUGUGACUGUUUGAGGUUGUGGACAGGUGUCUUUUAUACUGAUAACAAGUUCAAACAGGUGCCAUUAAUACAGGUAACGAGUGGAGGACAGAGGAGCCUCUUAAAGAAGAAGUUACAGGUCUGUGAGAGCCAGAAAUCUUGCUUGUUUGUAGGUGACCAAAUACUUAUUUUCCACCAUAAUUUGCAAAUAAAUUCAUAAAAAAUCCUACAAUGUGAUUUUCUGGAAUUUCUUUUCUCAAUUUGUCUGUCAUAGUUGACAUGUACCUAUGAUGAAAAUUACAGGCAUCUCUCAUCUUUUUAAGUGGGAGAACUUGCACAAUUGGUUGCUGACUAAAUACUUUUUUUCCCCACUGUAUAAGCCAAGCUUACUUCCCGCCAUCUACGAAUGACUCUGGUAAGACAUACCACAGAUUCUCAAUUGGAUUGAGGUCUGGGCUUUGACUAGGCCAUUCCAAGACAUUUAAAUGUUUCCCCUUAAACCACUCAAGUGUUGCUUUAGCAGUAUGCUUAGGGUCAUUGUCCUGCUGGAAGGUGAACCUCCGUCCAAGUCUCAAAUCUCUGUAAGACUGAAACAGGUUUCCCUCAAGAAUUUCCCUGUAUUUAGCGGCAUCCAUCAUUCCUUCAAUUCUGACCAGUUUCCCAGUCCCUGCCGAUGGAAAAACAUCCCCACAGCAUGAUGCUGCCACCAACAUGAUUCACUGUGGGGAUGGUGUUCUCGGGGUGAUGAGAGGUGUUGGGUUUGUGCCAGACAUAGUGUUUUCCUUGAUGGCCAAAAAGCUAAAUUUUAGUCUCAUCUGACCAGAGUACCUUCUUCCAUAUGUUUGGGGAGUCUCCCACAUGCCUUUUGGCGAUCACAAACGUGUUUGCUUAUUUUAUUCUUUAAGCAAUGUCUUUUUUCUGGCUCUCAUCUGUAAAACCCAGCUCUGUGGAGUGUACGGCUUAAAGUGGUCCUAUGGACAGAUACUCCAAUCUCCUCUGUGGAGCUUUGCAGCUCCUUCAGGGUUAUCUUUGGUCUCUUUGUUGCCUCUCUGAUUAAUGCCCUCCUUGCCUGGUCCGUGAGUUUUGGUGGGUGGCCCUCUCUUGGCAGGUUUGUUGUUUUGCCAUAUUCUUUCAAUUUUGUAAUAAUGGAUUUAAGGGUGCUCCGUGGGAUAUUCAAAGUUUGGGAUAUUUUUUUAUAACCCAACCCUGAUCUGUACUUCUCCACAACUUUGUCCCUGACCUGUUUGGAGAGCUCCUUGGUCUUCAUGGUGCCGCUUGCUUGGUGGUGCCCCUUGCUUAGUGGUGUUGCAGACUCUGGGGCCUUUCAGAACAGGUGUAUAUACAGUGGGGGAAAAAAGUAUUUAGUCAGCCACCAAUUGUGCAAGUUCUCCCACUUAAAAAGAUAAGAGAGGCCUGUAAUUUUCAUCAUAGGUACACAUCAACUAUGACAGACAAAAUGAGAAAAAAAAAUCCAGACAAUUAUUUGCAAAUUAUGGUGGAAAAUAAGUAUUUGGUCAAUAACAAAAGUUUCUCAAUACUUUGUUAUAUACCUUUUGUUGGCAAUGACACAGGUCAAACGUUUUCUGUAAGUCUUCACAAGGUUUUCACACACUGUUGCUGGUAUUUUGGCCCAUUCCUCCAUGCAGAUCUCCUCUAGAGCAGUGAUGUUUUGGGGCUGUCGCUGGGCAACACAGACUUUCAACUCCCUCCAAAGAUUUUCUAUGGGGUUGAGAUCUGGAGACUGGCUAGGCCACUCCAGGACCUUGAAAUGCUUCUUACGAAGCCACUCCUUCGUUGCCCGGGCGGUGUGUUUGGGAUCAUUGUCAUGCUGAAAGACCCAGCCACGUUUCAUCUUCAAUCCCCUUGCUGAUGGAAGGAGGUUUUCACUCAAAGUCUCACGAUACAUGGCCCCAUUCAUUCUUUCCUUUACACGGAUCAGUCGUCCUGGUCCCUUUGCAGAAAAACAGCCCCAAAGCAUGAUGUUUCCACCCCCAUGCUUCACAGUAGGUAUGAUGUUCUUUGGAUGCAACUCAGCAUUCUUUGUCCUCCAAACACUAUUUUGGUUUCAUCUGACAAUAUGACAUUCUCCCAAUCCUCUUCUGGAUCAUCCAAAUGCACUCUAGCAAACUUCAGACGGGCCUGGACAUGUACUGGCUUAAGCAGGGGGACACGUCUGGCACUGCAGGAUUUGAGUCCCUGGCGGCGUAGUGUGUUACUGAUGGUAGGCUUUGUUACUUUGGUCCCAGCUCUCUGCAGGUCAUUCACUAGGUCCCCCCGUGUGGUUCUGGGAUUUUUGCUCACCGUUCUUGUGAUCAUUUUGACUCCACGGGGUGAGAUCUUGCGUGGAGCCCCAGAUCGAGGGAGAUUAUCAGUGGUCUUGAAUGUCUUCCAUUUCCUAAUAAUUGCUCCCACAGUUGAUUUCUUCAAACCAAGCUGCUUACCUAUUGCAGAUUCAGUCUUCCCAGCCUGGUGCAGGUCUACAAUUUUGUUUCUGGUGUCCUUUGACAGCUCUUUGGUCUUGGCCAUAGUGGAGUUUGGAGUGUGACUGAUUGAGGUUGUGGACAGGUGUCUUUUAUACUGAUAACAAGUUCAAACAGGUGCCAUUAAUACAGGUAACGAGUGGUGGACAGAGGAGCCUCUUAAAGAAGAAGUUACAGGUCUGUGAGAGCCAGAAAUCUUGCUUGUUUGUAGGUGACCAAAUACUUAUUUUCCACCAUAAUUUGCAAAUAAAUUAAUAAAAAAUCCUACAAUGUGAUUUUCUGGAAUUUUUUUCCUCAAUUUGUCUGUCAUAGUUGACGUGUACCUAUGAUGAAAAUUACAGGCCUCUCUCAUCUUUUUAAGUGGGAGAACUUGCACAAUUGGUGGCUGACUAAAUACUUUUUUCCCCAACUGUAUACUGAGAUCAUGUGACACUUAGAUUGCACACAGGUGGACUUUAUUUAACUAAUUAUGUGACUUCUGAAGGUAAUUGGUUGCACCAGAUGUUAUUUAGGUGCUUCAUGGCAAAGGGGGUGAAUAAAUAUGCACGCACCACUUGUCCGUUAUUUUUUUCAUUUCACUUCACCAAUUUGGACUAUUUUGUGUAUGUCCAUUACAUGAAAUCCAAAUAAAAAUCCAUUUAAAUUACAGGUUGUAAUGCAACAAAAUAGGAAUAACGCCAAGGGGGAUGAAUACCUUUGCAAGGCACUGUGUGUGUAUAUGUGUGUGUGUGUGUGUGUGUGUAUGUAUAUAUAUAUAUAUAUAUAUAUAUAUAUAUAUAUAUAUAUAUAUAUAUAUAUAUAUAUAUAUAUAUAUAUAUAUAUAUAUAUAUAUAUAUAUAUAUAUAUAUAUAUAUAUAUAUAUAGAUUACCAGUCAAAGUUUGGACACACCUACUCAUUCAAGGGUUUUUCUUAAUUUUUACUAUUUCCUACAUUGUAGAAUAAUAGUGAAGACAUCAAAACUAUGAAAUAACACAUAUGGAAUCAUGUAGUUAAGAGAAUGCCAAGAGUGUGCAAAGCUGUCAUCAAGACAAAGGGUGGCUAUUUGAAGAAUCUCAAAUCUCAAAUAUAUUUUGAUUUGUUUAACACUUCUUUGGUUACUGCCUGAUUCCAUUCAUAGUUUUGAUGUAUUUACUAUAAUUCUACAAUUUAAAAAAUAGUAACAAUAAAGAAAAACCCUUGAAAGAGGACGUGUGUCCAAACUUUUGUCUGGUAGUAUAUAUAAUUAUUUUAUUUUUAGACAGUGAAGAGGAGACAGGAAAGAUGGGAGGGAUUACGAGUCAGAAGGACAGUGGAUCAGAUUCAAACUCAUGCCAACUCUGUAAGCCUAGGCUGUACAUGUGCCAGGGUCAGUGACACUAACCCCUGGACCACACAGGCCACAUUAUUUUCUACACUUGAUAAAAAGAGGUCAGUAGUACCUCUCCACAGACUAUUUUCAAGCUUUUUGAUUUAGACCUAACAGUCGGAUGAUGUAAAGAAAAAAAACUCAUUUUUUCUUCUCUUCAGUCAAUCAUCUUUGAUGAGGUUGACCUGACAGACGCAAGCGUGGCCGAAUCCAGCAUUAAGAACGUCAACAACAGUUUCACAGUGAGUCCCUUUUUUCUAUAUUUUUCUUUCUUUAGCCUACUUAUUUUGCUUUUUCUUUCUCUCUGUCCUUAUGUCUGUAGGCUAUAUCUUUUUUGUCUCUCAUGGCUACUGUCCAUCCAAAUAUCAGCCUGUGACAGUCACUGUGAGUCCCCUCUUUUUCUUUCUUACUUUCUUUCCCCCUUUCUUCCUGUCUGUCUUUCUCUCUGUACAUCUCUUAAGUUUCUUGGCUACUGUCCACCAAUAUAUCAGCCUUGUGUCGGCCGUGGUCAUUCUAACCUAAGGUUCAUCAUCAUGUGGUCAUGCAGUGGUCAGACAACCAAACCGCAGGAUGAACACCAGUAAAAUCACCAAACCUACGCUCCGUGUUCAUCACUUACAAUUCCUGACUGUUGAUAAUGAUAACAUUUCCUGAUGACAUGAAUAACAUUUCAUCACAUACGCUACUCUGCAAUAGGGGGUUCUUUCUCUGCAAAAAAUCACGACACAAAAUAAGUUUAGAGUCUGGCUUUGAAGUGUAUUUAUAGGUUGCCUUUGGGGUCGUUCCACCUCAAAAAGCACAAGAAAGAGGAUUUCGACACCUACCAUCUGAUUGUUCUGAAAUCGUUUCUGUUGUUAGAAACAGAUAAGGUUAUCAUUCCUGCAAAAUUAUUUUGUUGAAAUAUAAUUUGAUCUCUGAGAUAUUAAGCUAAUUAAUUUCACCCAAAUUGGUCAUUUUAAUUUAUAGGAUUCAUAUAAUAUUCAAUACAUAUAGUACCUAACAUCCGAUUUGGACCAAACUUUUCUCUAACUGAGUUAGACAUGAGAAAUGCAAAGAAAUGCUUAAAAGCCACCCUCAGACCCCCCACUCCCCAUGCCAAUACCACCAAAACAACUAGUAUAUAGUAUCAGUUCUCUGUUUGACAAGUACAAUGGAGCUGCAGAUUAAAUAAGUUAUGAUGAACUUCACAGGGUAGUGAAAGUGCACAGUGAUGAGUUUGAUCCUCCUUUCCAAUAAAUAUCGAGGGUCUUAUUCUAGUGACAUGAUGAUUGAUGCUUGGCUGCCAUUUGACAAAUAAAAUAAUGUCCAUAAUAAUCUGAUCAUGUAGGCUAUACCCACACUGUGUCUGCAAGCUUUUGUCUAAAGCGCACGUGCCAAGACCAGAGUGGGCACAUUCGCUAUAUAACGCAACAUUCUUUGUAACAAAACCAUCAGUAGAGUUGAAAAUAAGUUGGAAACCCAUUUAAAGUAAAGAUUAACCCAUUUUGAAUGUUAUAUUGUUUUUGUGCAUCUCUGAGCCAUCUUCUAUCAAUUCCCUGGGUCAUUUCAUAUUUUCAUGUGUAUCUGAGCUAUUGCCAUUCAAGCAGGCAGUAUUUCGGCCGGCGUGACGUAGCCUUGCGGUAAACCCGCUCUCACUACACUGGAAGUAAAUAAGAAUACUACUUUUAGAUCGCAAAAACAUCUAUCAUACAUGUCAGAUUUCAAUACUGGCCGAUUUUAUAACGCGGGAGAUUGUCUUCUCUCGAAUGAGGCUUUGAUCAUAUUUUUGCGAUAUUCCUACCUCGAGAAAUGAGUAAUUGUGUAAUGUGUAACUUAACACAUUUCUCCUAUUUGUCUGCCUCUUCAGUCCAGGGUGCAUUGCAUGGUACCGUUGCGAAUGUCAUAAUCAUGCAAAUAGAUAAAUCAGCUUUUAGUUUUCUUGCACAUUAUUUGUGGAACAAUCUUCAAAAUGUUCUUAAAUGUGAUGUUUUGGGCAAUUUAAAAAAGCUGAUUGAGGACCUUAUUACUGAUGAAUGUGUUAGUUUUUUAUGACCGUGUUUUUCUUUCUGCUUGCAUUUUGAAUUUAUAUUGAUGUGUGAAUUUUCUGUAAUUUAUGUGAUUCAGGGCUCAUCUGUAAAAGAGACCUUGGUCUCAGUAGGACUCCCUGAUAAAAAUAAAGGUAAAUAAAAUGUUAGACUCCACUCUGUGAGGCACAUCGAUCUGCAGGUUGAACCUGGUGAGAUUGUAGACUCCUAAAUUGAUAGUGCAGUUUGUUUAGGUGAUUUUACAGCUAAUUAGCUACUUCACAUGCUGAUAUUGACUUUGUUAUUAUUCUGUGUAGCUACGUUUGCUUGCUAGCUAGCCAGCCAACCCAUAGAGAGAGCAUUGUAUUUUGGGCUUUGUUGUCGAGCUGCAACAGAUUUCCACAACGAUUUUCACAUGUUGCUACCAAACUUAUUAUAAUGCCAAAAUGAAACAUUUGUUCACAAACAAGAUUUUUCUCACAUAUUGUUAUGUAACACUGUAAAUUAUAGGAAUUAGUUGUUUUGGGUAGAUUUUUCCUUUAACUUUAUUUUUAUUUUUUAUUUUGUAUUCAGUACAUGCGAAUUUAACCGCAAAAGUUAUUUUUAAGUGUAUUAUGUCAUCACGCACAUCCUUUUAUCCACAACAAAUCAAUUUGAUGGAAACACAUCUCUGGUGGGAAAAUGCGCAUAUGGUUUUUAUGAGGAAUUUGCUUUAUAUUCGCAUGAAAAUCGUUCGCCAAUUGGAUGGAAACCUAGCUAUUGAAGUUGUUGUCCCAUUCUACAUCCUGAUAUUACCAGGUUCAAAUUACAAAAUUACAUGUUCUUACCCUGUAAAUAGUCUAUGGACCAGGUAUGACAGCUACCAAUACUUUGGUUUUGUUUACCUGGCCACUGUUUCAAAUGCUAACUUUGUAGUCAAUGGUACUUAUAUUAGCAUGUUCAUGCUUCAUGUCCAAAUCAUCCUAAAGUAUACAAAUGUUUUAUUGUGUAACUCAAUGAUGUUACUUAUAGAUGAAAAAGUUAUCAUUUAAAACAGUGGCCAGAUAAACAUAACCAAAGCAUGGGUUGCUGUCAUACCUGGUCCAGGUACUUGAUUCUUAAAUCAUACUGAUUCUUAAAAAAAAAAUAUAUAUAUAUAUAUAUAUAACCUAAUAGCAGGAACAACACCAACUAAUGGUCAGAUCCUGAUAAUAGCAGGAUGUAGGUUGGGACAUAAACCCAACAACUUCAAUGACAAAUGUAUCUGAACAGGGGGUGGAAACAUCACCAAAUUCACUGGGAAUAUAUUACAUAGGAUGAAGAAACAAUACUCCAAACCACAGCUCCAUACUAUUUGUCAAACAUAGAGAACUGAUACUAUAUACUCGUUGUUGGGGUGGGAUUGUUGUGGGGGGUCCGUGGAUGGCUUUUGGCCACUUAUUUAUAUUCCUCAUGUCUUACUCAUUAUUAGAUGUUAGGUACCAUAAUUAUUGAAUAUUAUAUGUAUCCUAUAAAUUAAAAAUGUCCAAUUUGGGUGCGAUCAAUUAGCUUAAUUUAUGGUAGAUCAAAUUAUAUUUCAACAAAAUAAUGUUGCAGGAAUUCUUAUCGUAUCUGUUUCUAACUACAGAAAUGAUUUCAGAACAAUCUGAGAUGGUGGGUGUCAUGGCUUGCUGAAAUGACAUGGAAAGACCCUUUCAGACUCAUUUACAUUUAAUAACUGGGUGGAGCUGUGUUAGUCAAAUCAAAUCAAAUCAAAUCAAAUUUUAUUGGUCACAUGCGCCGAAUACAACAGGUGCAGACAUUACAGUGAAAUGCUUACUUACAGCCCUUAACCAACAGUCAGUGAGUGAGUGGUGGCUUGUGUUUGAGUUUGUGUGUUUACAGUGUGUGUGUGUGUGCGCGUGUGCGACAGAGAAUGUUGACAGUAUGUACAGUAUGCGAAUGCGUCCACAGAGUUGCAUUUUCUGUGUUGAGGUUAAAGAGAGAGGGUACUUCCUCCUGCUCUAUUUUUAUCGGUUUCUCACGCUGGCUGGAGUGGAGAUCUCCUUGGUCUCUCGUUGAUGACAGCCCAAGUCCAGGCAUACCUGGGUUCAAAUACUAUUUGAAAUAGUUUCAAAUACUUUAGUUUUGCUUGAUUGAACUUGACUGCUGCAAUGGAACCAAUAGAAUAGUCGCAAAACAUCUGGCACUCCAGGAAGGCGCUCCAGGAAGGCUAAAGCAAACACUCAAAGUAUUUGGAAGAUUUCAAAUAGUAUUUGAACCCAGGUCUGAGCUCAGGCGAAGGUGGCCUUUCAGUUACAGACAACCAAAUGAAGUGCUCUCCUUUCCCCUCUCUCUCUGUGCUGUAAAGAGGGGCUGCUUUGUGGCCUUCAACACCCCUACUCACACCCCUCCCUCCAUUCCAGCCCCCUGUGUGGGAUCACCUUGACGACAGGAAGUUUAUAUAUGUGAGUCAGAGAACAGAUGCAGGCGGAUGGGGGAGGGGCCUGCACCACGGUUCCCGGCUCUCUCCCAGUCAGAGCACCGCUAAGCUGGCUAGGCUAACAGCCGAGCUGGGAGAGAAGAAAAACCCUUCUGGAAAAACCUCCCGCUACAGGGAGCCACAGAAAGAAACGACUGAGGGAAUUCUGGGAAUUCUCUGCUGGCUAGAACACUCAGACUAGGGAAAAAAGGAAGAAAAGCCAGGCAGUAACGGAAGGUACCUCUGUCGGGACUCUGGAGAGAGAGGCUACCCCGGGACAGUUCUUAAAUAAGAUAGAACUCUCAGCCAGCCACGGAGAACUCUUGUCUGUCCAAGUCUUCGUCAGGAGGACUCUUCAGGAAAGGAAAACCUCAGACCAAAUGUAACAGAGCACACUCGGCACAGUCUGGAGAAGAAGAGAGUAGAGUGAGGGAGAGAGAAGGAGAACCGCUGGAGCCAAAUUUGACUGGACUUCACAUUGGAAGUAAGGCAGAAGAAUGUCAAGAAUGAGAGUGGGUGGGGGGAGCACAGAGAUGUGUGUUUCCCCAGUUGGUCACUCUCCCUCUGUCCUUCUGUGUGUGUGUCAUGACGUUGUUUAUAGUUGGCUCUAAAAUGUGCUGAUGUGUGUGUGUGUGUGUGUGUGUGUGUGUGUGUGUGUGUGUGUGUGGGUUGACUGUCAGUUCCCUUUGUGUUAUCCACUCCCUCAUGUGAAGUACCCGGUCUAUACUCUAGGAAGGGCAGGACGAGUGCAUUUAUUAGUGCACACCGCAGCAAAACUUUUUGCAACAGAAAAGGUUUUGUAAGGAAAGCGGGUAUUUCUUAUUGGACAAAUUCAGGUAUCCCUGUUUCGACCCGUUUGCUGUCUAGUGAGAAUACACCCUAGGACAGCCCUCUGACCUAGCCAGGGCCGGAUCCUUGGACUAUGGACAUUAUCGUGUAGGUGUAUCUCCUUUAGCUAAGGCUGCAGAGAUAAAAUAUCAGUGAUAACAUUGUUGCCGACUUGCCGGGAAAGGUUUAAUGAGUCCCUGGCUGGUUGAGUAGCAGUGAAAACAGGAUGUGUGCGUGCGUCUCCCUCCCUUCUUCUCAGCCUGCCUCGAGUCCUUGUCUGUUAUGUAAGUGAAAUACAACCCUUUAGUCAUAUGAUACAUGAGAUACAUGAAGUUGAGUCAAGGUCAUGGUUGUGCAUGUGUGUGUGCAUGGGUACUCGAGAUAUCGAUCUAUGUCUUCACAUCUUUGCAGGGCUCUGCUCCUAAAUUAACAUUCCAGGUCACACAGCAAAAUAUUUAGGCACAUAUGUGAGUAAAAUGGUCGCACUGUAGAGCCCUGCUGUGGCUCACUUACACUUUAUCGGUGCUGUAUCUUCUCUCCAUCUCUCUAUAGUAAGGGUCUCCAACCCUGUUCCUGGAGAGCUACCGUUCUGUAGGUUUUUGCUCCAACCCCAUUUGUAACUAACCUGGUUCAGCUUAUCAACCAGCUAAUUAUUAGAAUCAGGUGUGCUAGAUUAGGGUUGGAGUGAAAACCUACAGGACGGUAGCUCGCCAGGAACAGGGUUGGAGAGCCCUGCCUAUAGCCUAGAAGUGUCUAGUGCACAUGUCAAACUCAUUCCAUGGAGGGCCAAAUGUCUGCAGGUUUUCACUCCUCCCUUGUACUUGACUGAUGAAUUAAGGUCACUAAUUAGUAAGGAACUCCCCUCACCUGGUUGUCUAAGUCUUAAUUGAAAGGAAAAACCAAAAACCAGCAGACACUAGGCCCUCAAUGGAAUGAGUUUGAAACCCCUGGUCUAGUGAGUGUGCUACUUUUGACCAGGGUCAAAAGUAGUGUUCUAUAUAGGGAAUAUGGUUCCAGUUGGGACUCAACCACAGUCUAUGCCAGAGAGUGAGCGGACAACUCAUAGUUGGACUUCCUGUGUGUGUGUGUGUGUGUGUGUGUGUGUGUGUGUGUGUGUGUGUGUUAAAUUGGUCACAAAUACAAGACUGUGUGUGUGUGUGUGUGUGUGUGUGUGUGUGUGUGUGUGUGUGUGUGUGUUAAAUCAGCCUUUUUAGAUGUAGGCAACUGUACUUUUUGAGGGACUUCACGAAUGUCAUGGAUAUAUUGGAACUAGUGGAUAUAUGAAGGCUUAAAUAUCCUGACCUAAUGAGAUAUACAUGGUGGAGGCUCAUUCAAGCUAGUUGUCUUGAUGACUUUCUUAUGUCACUCUCUCUGGCACCAAAAGUUUAAAAAGUGUUGAUAGGGGACAGAAUGCGGUCGGACCAUCACAUAAUUGGCAAUAAUAUUACUCUUACAGAAUUUCCACUUGGGCGAGGGUAUUGGAAAUGUUAUCAAAGCCUAUUGGAUGAUGACGACUUGUUUUUAACUAGGACAGAAUAAUUUAUAACUGACUUUAUCCAACAUAACAUAAGUACAGCAGAUCCCCUUAUUGUAUGGGACACUUUUAAAUGUGCUUUUAGAGGCCAUGCAAUUCAGUACUCAUCUCUAAAACAAAAGCAAUUUAGGGCAAAAGAGUCCAUACUAACAAAGGAAAUAGAAGGUCUAACAACAGAUAGAUAGCAAUAAAAACUGUACCAUAGAGGCUCAGAAUAAGUUAGAGGAAAAACAAAAAUAAAUGGAGGAACUUAUUCAAGAAAGGUCAAGUGUAAUAUAUUAUAAAAAUAAAGCAAACUGGAUGGAAUAUGGGGAAAAUGCACCAAAUUAUUUUUUAAUCUUCAACAUAGAGACGCUACCAAAAAUAAUUAACUGAAACUUGUUACAAAUGAAGGAGUCAUGAUAUUUUGAAAGAGGAAGUACUUCAAGCAUAUGUUUUCAUUUGUCUGCUCCAUCUCCACUAACCGAAGCUAAUUGUUUGGAUUUAUUUUCUAUUAAUAAUGUAAAAUUAACAGCUGUACAGAAAGACUCAUGUGAAGGCCAAAUUACAGAGGAGGAACUUCUUGAUGCAAUUAAAGCCUUUAAGUCCGGGAAAACUCCAGGGCUGGAUGGCAUACCAGUGGAGGUAUACCAAACCUUUUUUUAUAUACUCAGAGGACCGUUAUUAGCAUGUUUUGAUCACUCCUAUAUAAAUGGUAGAUUAUCAGACACUCAACAAGAAGGUCUGAUUUCAUUAUUACUGAAACAGGAUCCAAGUGGUAAAUAUAAAGAUCCAGUCCAUUACACUGUUUUGUGAUGCAAAAUGUAUAGCAAAAUGCUAUAGCGCAUAGAGUUAAAAGUUAUUGUCGGAUAUUAUUAAUCCUAAUCAGACAGGGCUUUUACAUGGACGAUACAUUGGAGAUAAUAUAAGACAAGUACUAGAAACAAUAGAACACUAUGAAAAAUCUGUGAAACCAGGCCUGGUAUUCAUUGCUGACUUUGAAAAGGCCUUUGAUAAAGUACGACAUAUAUAAAUGCCUGGAAAAUUUAAAUUUAGGAGAAUCUCUUAUAAAAUGGGUUAAAGUUAUGGAAAGUAACCCUAUGUGUAAAAUAGUAAAUAAUGGCUACUUCUCAGAAAGUUUUAAACUGUCAAGAGGAGUAAAACAAGGUUAUCCACUAUUGGCAUUACUAUUCAUUAUUGCCAUCGAAAUGUUAGCUGUUACAAUCAGAUCCAACAUUAAUAUUAAGUGGUUAGAAUUCUAGGGCUUAAAAACAAAGGUGUCAUUGUACGCUGAUGAUUCAUGUUUUCUUUUAAAUCCACAAUUUGGAUCCCUCCAUAGCCUCAUAGAGGAUCUAGAUACUUUUUCUUACCUCUCUGGAUUAAAACCAAAUUAUGAAAGUGUACUAUAUUACAUAUUGGAUCACUAAAAAAUACAACUUUUACAUUACCAUGUAGUUUACCAAUAAAAUGGUCUGGUGGUGAUGUGGACAUACUCAGUGUUCAUAACCCAAAAUAAAGAAAUGAUCUCACUACAAUACAUUUAAAUAGAAAGUAGAUAAGAUCUUGUUACCAUGGAAAGGAAAAUAUCUGUCUAUUUGUGGAAAAAUCACCCUGAUUUAACUCUUUAGUCAUAUCCCAGUUUACCUAUUUGCUUUUGAUCUUGCCUAAACCUAGUGACCUGGUUUUUAAAUUAUAUGAGAAAAAAAGAUUCCAUUUUAUUUGGAAUGGCAAGCCAGACAAAAUUAAAAGGGCCUAUUUAAAUAAUGAAUAUGAAUUCGGAGGGCAGAAAUUGAUAAAUAUUAAAGCAUUAGACCUCGCACUAAAGGCGUCAGUCAUACAAAAGCUAUUCUUAAAUCCGAAUUGGUUCUCUAGCAAAUUAUUAAAAAUGUCUCACCCCAUGUUCAAGAAUGGCCUUUUUCCUUUUAUUCAGAUUACAACAUCUCACUUUUGGUUAUUUGAAAACGAAAUAAUCUCCAAAAUAUAGUUAUUAUUAAAACAAACCAUAGAAAGUUGGUUGCAAUUUUUGUUUAAUCCACCAGAAAAGACAGAACUAAUAAUACAACAAAUAUUGUGGUUAAACUCAAAUAUACUAAUUGAUUAAAACAAAAAAGGACUGGUGGAGCUAUGUCACAUAUGCAGCUAACAAAAAUAUAUGGAAAUGUCUGCUCUACCCAAAAUUACAACCAACUAAUUGCAGUAUUACUGCAAAAAUUAAAGAGGCAAGUGGAAGGGGGAAAAAGUAAGGAACUUGUCUGUUGGCCCUGCAUUAAAGACCAAAAUGGUUUAAAGAAAAUCGUGAUAAAUAAAAAUAUAUACCAGUUUCAUUUAAGGAACAAAAAAUUGACAGCUGUGCAAUAUAGAUUGCAAAAUAGUUGGGAAGAGAUUUUCGAUGUACCAAUUCCAUGACACAUGGUUUAUGAACUGAUACGCAAAACGACGCCGGAAGAAUUUUUCCAUUUAAAUUAUUAUACAAAAUUCUUGCAACCAAUAGAAUGUUUUUUAUAUAUAUAUAUAUAUAUAUAUAUAUAUAUAUAUAUAUAUAUAUUAUAUUGGUUGCAAUCCUCCAUAUAUAUAUAUAUAUAUGGGGGAUACAACCUUUCCAGCUCUGCAGAUUUUGCUGCGAAGAGACAGUCAUUAGAUCAUUUAUUUUGGUACUGUCCAUAUGUAGCUUGUUUUUAGUCACAGGUCCAGGAAUGGCUGAAGAAUUGCAACAUUUACUUGGCGCUAACGCUGCAGAUAGCAAUACUGGGUGAUUUGAAAAGUCAUAGACAAUCGAUCAAUAAUAUAAUAAUACUUUUAGCAAAACUGUUUAUCUUUAAUUUACAAUCUGUAGAUACUAUGAAAAUAGAAAGGUUCAGAACUUUUGUGAAGCAUCACAGCACCGUUGAAAAAUAUAUGGCAAAUGGAAAUCCAAUAUGGAUGGUGUUAAGAGAUACAGGGGGGAAAAAAAGUAUUUAGUCAGCCACCAAUUGUGCAAGUUCUCCCACUUAAAAAGAUGAGAGAGGCCUGUAAUUUUCAUCAUAGGUACACGUCAACUAUGACAGACAAAAUGAGAAACAAAAAUCCAGAAAAUCACAUUGUAGGAUUUGUUUAUGAAUUUAUUUGCAACUUAUGGUGGAAAAUUAAGUAUUUGGUAAAUAACAAAAGUUUCUCAAUACUUUGUUAUAUACCCUUUGUUGGCAAUGACACAGGUCAAACGUUUUCUGUAAGUCUUCACAAGGUUUUCACACACUGUUGCUGGUAUUUUGGCCCAUUCCUCCAUGCAGAUCUCCUCUAGAGCAGUGAUGUUUUGGGGCUGUCGCUGGGCAACACAGUCUUUCAACUCCCUCCAAAGAUUUUCUAUGGGGUUGAGAUCUGGAGACUGGCUAGGCCACUCCAGGACCUUGAAAUGCUUCUUACGAAGCCACUCCUUCGUUGCCCGGGCGGUGUGUUUGGGAUCAUUGUCAUGCUGAAAGACCCAGCCACGUUUCAUCUUCAAUGCCCUUGCUGAUGGAAGGAGGUUUUCACUCAAAAUCUCACGAUACAUGGCCCCAUUCAUUCUUUCCUUUACACGGAUCAGUUGUCCUGGUCCCUUUGCAGAAAAACAGCCCCAAAGCAUGAUGUUUCCACCCCCAUGCUUCACAGUAGGUAUGGUGUUCUUUGGAUGCAACUCAGCAUUCUUUGUCCUCCAAACACGACGAGUUGAGUUUUUACCAAAAAGUUAUAUUUUGGUUUCAUCUGACCAUAUGACAUUCUCCCAAUCCUCUUCUGGAUCAUCCAAAUGCACUCUAGCAAACUUCAGACGGGCCUGGACAUGUACUGGCUUAAGCAGGGGGACACGUCUGGCACUGCAGGAUUUGAGUCCCUGGCGGCGUAGUGUGUUACUGAUGGUAGGCUUUGUUACUUUGGUCCCAGCUCUCUGCAGGUCAUUCACUAGGUCCCCCUGUGUGGUUCUGGGAUUUUUGCUCACCGUUCUUGUGAUCAUUUUGACCCCACAGGGUGAGAUUUUGCGUGGAGCCCCAGAUCGAGGGAGAUUAUCAGUGGUCUUGUAUGUCUUCCAUUUCCUAAUAAUUGCUCCCACAGUUGAUUUCUUCAAACCAAGCUGCUUACCUAUUGCAGAUUCAGUCUUCCCAGCCUGGUGCAGGUCUACAAUUUUGUUUCUGGUGUUCUUUGACAGCUCUUUGGUCUUGGCCAUAGUGGAGUUUGGAGUGUGACUGUUUGAGGUUGUGGACAGGUGUCUUUUAUACUGAUAACAAGUUCAAACAGGUGCCAUUAAUACAGGUAACGAGUGGAGGACAGAGGAGCCUCUUAAAGAAGAAGUUACAGGUCUGUGAGAGCCAGAAAUCUUGUUUGUUUGUAGGUGACCAAAUACUUAUUUUCCACCAUAAUUUGCAAAUAAAUUCAUUAAAAAUCCUACAAUGUGAUUUUCUAGAAAAAAUUUCCUCAAUUUGUCUGUCAUAGUUGACGUGUACCUAUGAUAAACUACAGGCCUCUCAUCUUUUUAAGUGGGAGAACUUGCACAAUUGGUGGCUGACUAAAUACUUUUUUUCCCCCACUGUAGAUGGGAGGAGUUGAAUGGAGCUGAAGGGUGGGACUAAUAACAACAAGAUAACAAAUGUAAAAUAUACUGUGUCUGUAAAAUGUAUAUAGGUUCAGAACUUUUGUGAAACAGCACACCUACAAAUAUAUGGCAAAUAGAAAUCAUCAGAAAUAAAUGGGAGAGGUUGAGGGUAGAGGAAGGACUAAAAACAAACAAAAUAUAACUAUUGUAAAAUAGAUUGUGUCCGUAAAAUGUACACUACCGGUCAAGGGUUUUAGAACACGUACUCAUUCAAGGGCUUUUCUUCAUUUUUACUGUUUUGUACAUUGUAGAAUAAUAGUAAAGACAUCAACACUAUGAAAUAACACAUAUAGAAUCAUGUAGUAACCAAAAAAGUGUUGAACAAAUCAAAAUAUAUUUUAUAUUUGAGAUUCUUCAAAUAGCCACCCUUUGCCUUGAUGACAGCUUUGCACACUCUUUGCAUUCUCUCAACCAGCUUCAUGAGGAAUGCUUUUACAACAGUCUUGAAGGAGUUCCCACAUAUGCUGAGCACUUAUUGGCUGCUUUCCUUCACACUGCGGUCCGACUAAUCCCAAACCAUCUCAAUUAGGUUGAGGUCGGGGGAUUGUGGAGGCCAGGUCAUCUGAUGCAGCACUCCAUCACUCUCCUUCUUGGUAAAAUAGCCCUUACACAGCCUGGAGGUGUGUUGGGUUAUUGUCCUGUUGAAAAACAAAUGAUAGUCCCACUAAGCCCAAACCAGAUGGGAUAGCGUGUCGCUGCAGAAUGCUGUGGUAGCCAUGCUGGUUAAGUGUGCCUCGAAUUCAAAAUAAAUCGCUGACAGUGUCACCAGCAAAGCCCCAUCACAUCUCCUCCUCCAUGCUUUACGGUGGGAAAUACACAUGCGGAGAUCAUCCAUACACUCACAUCUCCUCUGAACAGUUGAUGUUGAGAAGUGUCUGUUAUUUAAACUCUGUGAAGCAUUUAUUUGGGCUGCAAUUUAAGAGGCUGGUAACUUAUGAACUUAUCCUCUGCAGCAGAGGUAACUCUGGGUCUUCCAUUCCUGUGGCGGUCCUCAUGAGAGCCAGUUUCAUCAUAGCACUUGAUGGUUUUUGCGACUGCACUUGAAGAAACUUUCAAAGUUCUUGAAAUGUUCCGUAUUGACUGACCUUCAUGUCUUAAAGUAAUGAUGGACUGUCGUUUCUCUUUGCUUAUUUGAGCUGUUCUUGCCAUAAUAUGGACUUGGUCUUUUACCAAAUAGGGCUAUCUUCUGUAUACCUCCCCUACCUUGUCACAACACAACUGAUUGGCUCAAACGCAUUAAGAAGGGAAAAAAUCUACAAAUUAACUCUUGAGAAGGCACACCUGUUAAUUGAAAUGCAUUCCUGGUGACUACCUCAUGAAGCUGGUUGAGAGAAUUACAAGAGUGUGCAAAGCUGUCAUCAAGGCAAAGGGUGGCUAUUUGAAGAAUCUCAAAUAUAAAAUGUAUUUUAAUUUGUUUAACACUUUUUUGGUUACUAUAAUAUUCCAUAUGUGUUAUUUCAAAGGUUUAUUUCACUAUUAUUCUACAAUGAAAAAAAAUAGUACAAAUAAAGAAAAACCCUUGAAUGAGUAGGUGUGUCCAAACUUUUCACUGGUACUGUAUAUAUGUAUAUAUGUAUAUAUAUAUAUAUACAGUGGGGAGAACAAGUUUUUGAUACCCUGCCGAUUUUGCAGGUUUUCCUACUUACAAAGCAUGUAGAGGUCUGUAAUUUGUAUCAUAGGUACACUUCAACUGUGAGAGACGGAAUCUAAAACAAAAAUCCAGAAAAUCACAUUGUAUGAUUUUUAAGUAAUUAAUUAGCAUUUUAUUGCAUGACAUAAGUAUUUGAUACAUCAGAAAAGCAGAACUUAAUAUUUGGUACAGAAACCUUUGUUUGCAAUUACAGAGAUCAUACGUUUCCUGUAGGUCUUGACCAGGUUUGCACACACUGCAGCAGGGAUUUUGGCCCACUCCUCCAUACAAACCUUCUCCAGAUCCUUCAGGUUUCGGGGCUGUCGCUGGGAAAUACGGACUUUCAGCUCCCUCCAAAGAUUUUCUAUUGGGUUCAGGUCUGGAGACUGGCUAGGCCACUCCAGGACCUUGAGAUGCUUCUUACGGAGCCACUCCUUAGUUGCCCUGGCUGUGUGUUUCGGGUCGUUGUCAUGCUGGAAGACCGAUCUUCAAUGCUCUUACUGAGGGAAGGAGGUUGUUGGCCAAGAUCUCGCGAUACAUGGCCCCAUCCAUCCUCCCCUCAAUACGGUGCAGUCGUCCUGUCCCCUUUGCAGAAAAGCAUCCCCAAAGAAUGAUGUUUCCACCUCCAUGCUUCACGGUUGGGAUGGUGUUCUUGGGGUUGUACUCAUCCUUCUUCUUCCUCCAAACACAGCGAGUGGAGUUGAGACCAAAAAGCUCUAUUUUUGUCUCAUCAGACCACAUGACCUUCUCCCAUUCCUCCUCUGGAUCAUCCAGAUGGUCAUUGGUAAACUUCAGACGGGCCUGGACAUGCGCUGGUUUGAGCAGGGGGACCUUGCGUGCGCUGCAGGAUUUUAAUCCAUGACGGCGUAGUGUGUUACUAAUGGUUUUCUUUGAGACUGUGGUCCCAGCUCUCUUCAGGUCAUUGACCAGGUCCUGCCGUGUAGUUCUGGGCUGAUCCCUCACCUUCCUCAUGAUCAUUGAUGCCCCACGAGGUGAGAUCUUGCAUGGAGCCCCAGACCGAGGGUGAUUGACCGUCAUCUUGAACUUUUUCCAUUUUCUAAUAAUUGCGCCAACAGUUGUUGCCUUCUCACCAAGCUGCUUGCCUAUUGUCCUGUAGCCCAUUCCAGCCUUGUGCAGGUCUACAAUUGUAUCCCUGAUGUCCUUACACAGCUCUCUGGUCUUGGCUAUUGUGGAGAGGUUGGAGUCUGUUUGAUUGAGUGUGUGGACAGGUGUCUUUUAUACAGGUAACGAGUUCAAACAGGUGCAGUUAAUACAGGUAAUGAGUGGAGAACAGGAGGGCUUCUUAAAGAAAAACCAACAGGUCUGUGAGAGCCGGAAUUCUUACUGGUUGGUAGGUGAUCAAAUACUUAUGUCAUGUAAUAAAAUGCAAAUUAAUUACUUAAAAAUCAUACAAUGUUUUGUGUGUAUAUAUAUAUAUAUAUAUAUAUAUACACACACACACAAAAAAAAGAAAAAAAGGGGGAGAAUUCUAAUUAAGUCUAUGGUAUGUGCCUGUGUGUAGAUGGGCCAUCUUAAGUACGUACCUGUUUGCGGUGCUGCUCUCUGGCAGAGAGGAAAGGCAUGCAACUAUUUUUAUCCGUCUGGGAACAGGAGCCCCUUUGUGAAGCAACUAUGGAGGAAAGGAAAUGGAUUGGAAACUGAAGUCCGCUCUGUAGAAAUAGCGUUACUUACCCACAUUCAUCCACUUCUUCUGACCCAAUCAUUCUAUCAAUACAUACACGCAAGCACACUUGCGCACCGCUCACUCACGCACAACUGCACAACAAGCACUCAAAAAGCACAGUCGUACAUCUAAAAAGGCUGAUACACAAUACACAGGCACGCACACACACUCACCCACGCUCACAUCUCUGUGUCACAUUUGUUCACACACACUCAAAUUGGCCCAUCCAUUCAGUAGGAGUGCUUUAAGCAUGGGACUGGAUGUGCUUCCUCCUCUGUUUGCUUUCCUGGCCACAUGACAUUGCACAACCCCGGGUUUCAUUUCUCUGAGCACUGUGUGUCUUGCUCUCUCGCUUUCUCUUCAUCUCUCUCUCUCUCUCUCUCGCUCUCUAUCUCUCUCUCUCUCUCUCUCUCUCUCUCUCUCUCUCUCUCUCUCUCUCUCUCUCUCUCUCUCUCUCUUCUCACUCACUCACUCUCUCUCUCUCUCUGUGUAGAUCAUCACUCCGUGUCGUCGGCUGAUUCUGUGUGCGGACAACAGGAAAGAGAUGGAGGACUGGAUGUCAGCCCUGAAGAGCGUUCAGAACAGAGAACACUUUGAGGUGAGGGCAAGGUCAGAGGUCAGGGGUCACUCUUCUCUCCCUCUCUUCUCAUCCAAUCCCAGGGUGCAUCCCAAUAAUCUCUCCUUCCUUCUGAAGUGUGCACUCGUUCACUACUCCCCACAAAUUGUGAAACGUUAGAUUGGUGUAUCCAUGGGCUAGAGGGAGUUUCCAUAUACCAGUAAUUUCCUUCCAAAUCCCUGAAGGUACAUAAACAAGACGCACACUUCAGGAAAGCAGAGAUACCUGGUCCCCCCCCCCCCAUGGUAAUAGCUCCGAUUUGACCUUUGGUAGAUUAGUUGUAAAUUUCACCGUAUCGUUAUUGCCUUUCUAAUCCAUGUAUAUCUACGCUAAUGUCUGCACAGGGUUUCUUAAACCUGGUCCUGUUGGACUUGACGGGUGCACGUUUUUGUUAUAGCCCAACACUAACACACCUGAUUCAACUUCUCAUCAAAACAGGAAGCCUUUGAUUAGUUGAAUCAAGUGUAGCCUAUUAGUGGUGGGUAAGAAGAAGAACAGAAAUCCAAUCCUCUGUGGGUCCCCAGGAUCAGGGGGACGAUUUAGGACUUAUUUCCCCUCUCUCGUCUCCUCUGUUCCCCUCCCAGUCCACCCAGUAUAGCAUGGACCACUUCUCUGGGAUGCAUAACUGGUAUGCCUGCUCCCACGCCCGCCCCACCUACUGCAACGUGUGCCGCGAGGCCCUCUCCGGAGUCACCUCGCACGGACUGUCCUGUGAAGGUACGUACCUCUCCGAACACAUAACACACACACACUGCCCUAGCUAUAUGCCAGCUAAAGGUCCGGAUCCAGAAUUCUAAAUAAUAUUAGGAUCUGUUAUGAUUGUCAUGGGUCUCGAGUAUGUGUAAUUUUAGCUGACUUGUCCGAGAGGGAGAGGGGGAGAAUCAUAGAAUAAUUUAUGCUGCUGUUCUUCCUUUUCACGAGAUUGGAGUGUGGCACGUGUAGCUUGUUGUUGUUGGCCAAUCAUAAGUCAUCAAAGUGGCAAUAGGCUACAGUCAUAGAGCCUCAGUGUGUGGCAAAAGUUAGGAGAUAUCUAAUCAAUGGAAGACGGAAUAAAAAUGACGGAGUUAAAGGAGAAGGGUAGGCUACAACGACCAAGAGCCAACAGGUAGGCUGCUACUUAAUAUUCUGAGGAGUUGUUGUUAUUUGUAACUGUAGGAUGAGAAAGUGCAUGCACUGCAGCCUCAAUUAGCCUAGCUAGCUGAUGUUAGCUAGCUUGACUAGCUUCUCUCGGUUUGAUGCAGUCAAGACGGGUACUACGUAAUCCAUAUUUUAUGAUAAAUAACCUAGCUAUGGUAGAUAAUAGUCUACAAUAGUGCGAGUCGGCUUGGUUGGUUGCUGUCUCUCGUCUCCCCCUUCCCCCUCCCUGCUCCCUGUUUCACUCGCUCACAGAACGGCCCCUUCCCUGCCUGCUAGAGCAGCACCUCGACCUCUCUCUCCCUCCUCUCACGCUUUAUCAGCUCCAGUUAAUAACGUAGCUUAAAAAAUGACUUUUCUGGUGCUUCCCUCACUCGGAUCGAACCGGGUCCAUUCAUUUCUAUUGGGCACAAAAUAAUCUGAAAAACAACCAAAACAAACAGCAAAUGUGUCCCAACAAAUUUGUAGAGUCACAAGCUUGAUGUAGUCAUUGCAUGCUAUGAAUAUGGGACCAAAUACUUAACUUUUUACUACUUUAAUUCACAUUUAAGGGAAUUUGUCCCAAUACUUUUGGUCCCCUAAAACGGGGGGACUAUGUACAAAAAGUGCUGUAAUUUCUAAAUGGUUCACCCAAUAUGGAUGAAAAUACACUCAAAUUAAAGCUGACAGUCUGCACUUUAACCUCAUAGUCAUUGUAUAAUUUCAGUGCUGGAUUACAGAUUCAAAAGAACAAAAAAUGUGUCACUUUCCCAAUUUAAUUUUGGAGCUCACUGUAUGUGAUUGCGUCUCAAUGUAUUCAAGCUAUGAAAUUAUUGUAUUUGAAAAUAACAAUCUCUUUUUGGGCUUACUUGUAGUUCAUUUGCAGUGUUCAAAUUAUUAUAAUUAUGUUCCGGCCCCCGAGCAUCCGCUCUGACAAAUAUCUGCCCGCGGCUGAAUCUAGUUGCCUACCCCUGCCCUAGAGGGUAGUGACUUCCCUUCCCCAACAUAUACCACUCAAAGCUACUUCUUAACAAACGGCCUAGUACAGCACAAUUAUACCUCCACUCCCCCUAUACACACACAUACACUCCAGAAGCUAGAGUCACCUGCCAAAAGCCAUAAACUGUCCCAAAAGGGGACCAUUGUUCAUUCUGAGAGAGGAAUUGCUGCAUUUCUUCAGUUAACCCCAGACGCCGGCACAUACAGAUGACACUGUCCCAGACCCUUUAUGUCCAAAAAGCUUGUAAAACAUACAUCUCUCCUCUUGGCUUUCUUAGAAGGAGCCUCAGGAAUGUAUGUGGAGCACAGCAGGGGGAGAAUGAACCAAAACUGCUGUAUAUCACAGUUUGGGCCUUGAAGGCACAUUGUAUCGUUGUGGGAAGUGGGUUACACUGCUGCUGCUGAUCUCUACAGCUGCAUCCCAAAUGCCCCCCUAUUCCCUGUGUAGUACACUACUUUGGCCUCAUUGGGCUCUGGUAGUGCACUAUAUAAGGAAUAGGGGGCCAUUUGGGAUGCUCUAUGCUACAUCUGUUCAAGCAACACUGUAAUGCAAUGCGGCAGGGAAGGGAAAUGCUAUAGCCAACACAUAGUAUCAGGGUGAUCUUUAGUAACUUCACCCUCGUGUUAUUCUAUCCAAACGCAAUGUCAAAGGUAAUGCUAUCUAUCUAACACACCAUCUGUCUCUGUGUACUGGUGUAAUGUUGCGUCACAGUGUGUGCAUGUGGGUGUCUGUGUGUCUGUCUUUUUGUAUGUGUGUGUGUGUGUAUCAAUCUGAUGCAUUUCUCAUUUUACAUUUUAGUCAUUUAGCAGACGCUCUUAUCCAGAGCGACUUACAGGAGCAAUUAGGGUUAAGUGCCUUGCUCAAGGGCACAUCGACAGAUUUUACACCUAAUCAGCUCGGGGAUUAGAACCAGCGACCUUUCGGUUACUGGCACAACACUCUUAACCACUAAGCUACCUGCCGCUUCUCCUUCCCACAGUGUGUAAAUUCAAGGCCCACAAACGCUGUGCUGUCCGAGCCACCAACAACUGCAAGUGGACUACUCUGGCAUCCAUUGGGAAGGACAUCAUCGAAGAUGAGGAUGGGGUGAGUGCUGAUCUUGGGUAGGUUUAGGAUUGGGGAGGGGAAGCUGAUCCUAGAUCUGUACCUAGGGGAAACUUCACCCUGGAGCUGUGUGAGGGCUCCUCAAAAAUAGGUCCCCUGAACCCCUGCUAGAUAGGAGUGCAGUAUAGCCGGUUUAUUAAACAUAAUUAAAAUUAUGCAAAAGCAUACAUAAAAUAUGUCAUACAAUAUUAAAAAGAAAAAACAUGCAACAUUAAAAAACGGGUUUAAAAAAUCCAUAAUAUCCUAUAUGGACAGUGUAUCAAGAAAUGUAUGUACGUAAAGCCUAUAUAGACUCACUUCAGCCUUAUAAUCAAUGUAUUCAACAAAUUGUUGAUUACAAGUAGUAGCCUAUAGCUCCCGUGCGCACUAUUCCUGCUGUUAAAGACGUCUGGAAUUAUACCUACAGUGAGGGAAAAAAGUAUUUGAUCCCCUGCUGAUUUUGUACGUUUGCCCACUGACAAAGUAAUGAUCAGUCUAUAAUUUUAAUGGUAGGUUUAUUUGAACAGUGAGAGACAGAAUAACAACAAAAAAAUCCAGAAAAACGCAUGUCAAAAAUGUUAUAAAUUGAUUUGCAUUUUAAUGAGGGAAAUAAGUAUUUGACCCCUCUGCAAAACAUGACUUAGUACUUGGUGGCAAAACCCUUGUUGGCAAUCAGAGGUCAGAUGUUUCUUGUAGUUGGCCACCAGGUUUGCACACAUCUCAGGAGGGAUUUUGUCCCACUCCUCUUUGCAGAUCUUCUCCAAGUCAUUAAGGUUUCGAGGCUGACGUUUGGCAACUCGAACCUUCAGCUCCCUCCACAGAUUUUCAAUGGGAUUAAGGUCUGGAGACUUGGCAAGGCCACUCCAGGACCUUGAUAUGCUUCUUCUUGAGCCACUCCUUUGUUGCCUUGGCCGUGUGUUUUGGGUCAUUGUCAUGCUGGAAUACCCAUCCACGACCCAUUUUCAAUGCCCUGGCUGAUGGAAGGAGGUUAUCACCCAAGAUUUGACGGUACAUGGCCCCGUCCAUCGUCCCUUUGAUGCGGUGAAGUUGUCCUGUCCCCUUAGCAGAAAAACACCCCCAAAGCAUAAUGUUUCCACCUCCAUGUUUGACGGUGGGGAUGGUGUUCUUGGGGUCAUAGGCAGCAUUCCUCCUCCUCCAAACACGGCGAGUUGAGUUGAUGCCAAAGAGCUCGAUUUUGGUCUCAUCUGACCACAACACUUUCACCCAGUUCUCCUCUGAAUCAUUCAGAUGUUCAUUGGCAAACUUCAGACGGGCAUGUAUAUGUGCUUUCUUGAGCAGGGGGACCUUGCGGGCGCUGCAGGAUUUCAGUCCUUCACGGCGUAGUGUGUUACCAAUUGUUUUCUUGGUGACUAUGGUCCCAGCUGCAUUGAGAUCAUUGACAAGAUCCUCCUGUGUAGUUCUGGGCUGAUUCCUCACCGUUCUCAUGAUCAUUGCAACUCCACGAGGUGAGAUCUUGCAUGGAGCCCCAGGCCGAGGGAGAUUGACAGUUCUUUGUGUUUCUUCCAUUUGCGAAUAAUCGCACCAACUGUUGUCACCUUCUCACCAAGCUGCUUGGUGAUGGUCUUGUAGCCCAUUCCAGCCUUGUGUAGGUCUACAAUUCUGUCCCUGACAUCCUUGGAGAGCUCUUUGGUCUUGGCCAUGGUGGAGAGUUGAUUGAUUGCUUCUGUGGACAUGUGUCUUUUAUACAGGUAACAAACUGAGAUUAGGAGCACUCCCUUUAAGAGUGUGCUCCUAAUCUCAGCUCGUUACCUGUAUAAAAGACACCUGGGAGCCAGAAAUCUUUCUGAUUGAGAGGGGAUCAAAUACUUAUUUCCCUCAUUAAAAUGCAAAUCAAUUUAUAACAUUUCUGACAUGCAUUUUUCUGGAUUUUUUUGUUGUUAUUCUGUCUCUCACUGUUCAAAUAAACCUACCAUUAACAUUAUAGACUGAUCAUUUCUUUGUCAGUGGGCAAACGUACAAAAUCAGCAAGGGAUCAAAUACUUUUUUCCCUCACUGUACAACAGGGUCAAUCAGUUUGUUCUCAAAGCUAAUUCCCAUUCACUACUACAUAAAUAAAUUAUAAUAAAUAAUAUAAAAAAUUAAUAUAAAUAAAUAAACACUCACUGCCCUUACUCAUUCACUCACACUUUGGGUACAAAACAUCCUGUGGGAACAAAGCACUAAAAGCAGUGGUGUAGUGUGUAUAAAGCAGGACAGGGCUUGGUUUUGUACUGUGUGGUGGAUAUUUGAGAGGUAAGAGGAUGCUGUUCAGACAAACUCACCAGAAAGAAACUAUUUGUUUGCAUUACUAAAUAUCUCAAGUCCGUUUUCAAAUGUUUUUAUCAUAUAGAGUUUAAAACUGCUGGAAUAAUAUGCCACUGUGUUGUUAGUUUUGUGAAGAAAUGCAGCCUACACAUUUACACAGAACAAAAAUAUAAAUGCAACAUUGAAAGAGUCCCAUGUUUCAUGAGCUGAAAUAAAAGAUCCCAGAAAUUUUCCAGACGCACAAAAAACGUAUUUAAAUCUUUGCCACAAAUUUGUUUACGUCCCUGUUAGUGAGCAUUUCUCCUUUGCAAAUAUAAUCUAUCCACCUGACAGGUGUGGCAUAUCAAGAAGCUGAUUAAACAGCAUGAUCAUUACACAGGUGCACCUUGUGCUGGGAACUAUAAAAGGCCACUCUAAAAUGUGCAGUUUGGUCACACAACACAAUGCCACAGAUGUCUCAAGUUUUGAGGGAGCGUGCAAUUGGCAUGCUGACUGCAGGAAUGUCCACCAGAGCUUUUGCCAAAUAAUUUAAUGUUCAUUUCUCUGUCAUAAGCUGCCUCCAAGUUCGCUUUAGAGAAUUUGGCAGUAUCUCCAACCGGCCUCACAACCGCAGACCACAUGUAACCACGCCAGCCCAGGACCUCCACAUCCGGCUUCCCUUUAGUGCAAUUUGUUGUCUAUGGGCAAAGGAUGGUUCCCCUCUCUCUCUCCCUCUUUCUCUCCUGCCCUCUUUCUCCCUCCCUCCCUUCCUCCCUCUCUAACCCACUCUCUCGCUCUGUCUCUCAAUUCAAUUCUAAAGGCUUUAUUGGCAUGAAAAGUGUAACCACAUAGUGUUUGCAAGGCAAUGAUGACAGAAAUAAAUACUUACUGAAAAUAACAGUAACUUCUCCCUCACUGUAGAUCUCUUUGCCUCACCAGUGGCUGGAGGGCAACCUGCCGGUCAGUGCUAAGUGUACAGUGUGUGACAAGACGUGUGGCAGUGUGCUCCGACUGCAGGAUUGGCGCUGCCUCUGGUGCAAGGCCAUGGUGAGUCUGCGUGCGUGCGUAUUUGGGUAUGUUUUUGAGGGAUAAGUGCAAAUCGGAUAAGUGCAAACUGCAUUACUAUACUUUUCAGCAGCCACAAUACAGUAGUCAUGUAUUUUUUAUUUCUGCAUGCACUGAUUCAUGACACAUUCACAACAGUCACUAGGCCAUUGUACUUAUCAGGUUGUUGACUCUACAUACUUGUCGUAAUGCUCUGACUAAAAAUAGAGUGUGUGUUUGUGUGUGUGUGCGCGCAUGCGUGCAUGCAUGUUUAUGUCCAGGUGCACAUGGUGUGUAAGGAGCAGCUAUCCACUAAGUGUCCUUUGGGGCAGUGUAAGGUGUCGGUCAUCCCCCCCACAGCCCUCAACAGCAUCGACUCAGACGGUGAGCUUUCCCUCCCCCAAUCCUAACCUUAACUAUUAUUGGGGAAAGUGCUAAACUGACCCAAGAUCAGGGGCAACUUCACUUUACACCUGUGUUUGUGGGUGAACAGGACACAUAGGGAUGUCUGCGUGACCGGCCAGGGAGUGUUCAUUAGGCCUAGGGUUGCGAAAUUCAAAACUUUCCCAAAAUUCCCAGGUUUUCCAGAAAUCCCAGUUGGAAGACUCUCGGAAUUAUAAGGUAAUAAGCACAAAAUUCAGAAUUUUUCAACAAUUUUUUAAGCAAAACCUGGACAUUUUGGGAAUGUUAACGUAGCAUUUUUUGUUUUGUUUUAUACGCUCUUUCUUAUUAGAUGUUAGGGGCUGGUUUCCCAGACACAGAUUAAGCCUAUUCCUGGACUAAAAAGCAUGCUCAAUGGAGAUUCUCCAUUAAUCUGUGUCCGGGAAACCGACCCUAGAAGUUCAGGUGUGUGCCAGAGUCUGGUAUAGCGGUUAAAGCUCCUGACUCCGGACCUUGUUUACUCUCCUGGCAACAGGGGUUGGAUGCUGUUCCUGUCUGUGGCCCUCUAUGUGCCUGUCAUUGGUCCUCAUCUGCCUGUCAUUGGUCCUCAUCUGUCUGUUACUGUUUUUCAUUGUUCCUCAUCUGCCUGUCAUUGGUCCUCAGGGUUCUGGAAGGCCACCUGCCCGCCCUCCUGCACCAGCCCUCUCCUGGUGUUCGUCAACAGUAAAAGCGGAGACAACCAGGGCAUCAAGUUCCUGCGGCGCUUUAAACAGCUGCUCAACCCCGCCCAAGUCUUUGACCUCAUGAACGGGGGGCCGCACCUCGGGUGAGUCUGCCCUGUGUGCGUGCGUACGUGCAUGCGUCUUACAUGCUGUGUGUGUUUCCGACGGCACUGUGUGUGUAUUGCUGCUUGUCUUAGAGGGCUCUCUCUUCUGUGUCUCUCCUAGUUUGCGGCUCUUCCAGAAGUUCGACACGUUCCGGAUCCUAGUGUGUGGGGGUGACGGCAGCGUGGGCUGGGUCCUCUCUGAGAUCGACACUCUGACGCUCCACAAACAGGCAAGUUCACACACCCCCCCUUCAUCUGCACUGAGCUGAAAAUAAACUUCCAUCAGUUGGGCUACACCCACUGAAUCUUGGGCUCGUUCUCAAUUCGUGUUUCCUUGAUUACUCACGUUCUUGGACAUCAGACUUUCUCAUCCAAUGGGUUUUGGGAAGGAGGCGAGGAGAGAACUCGAGAAAAGACGAAUUGAGAAAGAGCUUUGGCUACGCUCCCAUCAUCCCUAAGCAAGCCCUGAGCCUAGCAGGCAGCUCUGGCUACUGUGCCAGCCAGCCAGCCGCUCUCAUGUUUCCCUUGUUCCUCUUUCAACAAUCUAGUAACAAAGAUACCGUUUUGUCACACUGCCUGCCUCUAUUAGAUAGAUGGACAGAUAAACAAACAGACACUGCCCUCUGCUGGUUGUGAGGUAGUGAAGUCCUGGCUUUCCGGACUCUGUUCACAUGUAUUCGUUUUUCUCGAUUACACGAACUCUUUGCUCGAAACAGGGUUCACUUUUGCAAAACAGUUACCAAAUCCCACUAAACUCAAUUGUGUUUGCCAAAACAACACUUUUCUCUUUCAAAAUGCACUAACACCAUCAACUUAAAAUACCUGUCAUAAAAUAACUCUUAUCAAAACAGUAUCAUUUGUCGUUUAAUGAGGAGAUGACUUUUGCAACAUCCUAGAGCAUGUAAUACAUGUGAAAAAUCAAGCUGAAACCAUCAAAAUAGCAUAAUUUGUCAAUGAAUGAGUAGGUAAUUUCACCAUUCAAUAGAUAAUAACUAUAACCAUCAAUAUGCAUUUCUAUGACAAAAACAAAAUGGUAGGAGUUACUAAUCAAAGAUUUUGUAUAAGUGAGCUGUAUUCAUGUUUUCUGAAUUAGGAUUAAAUGGGGGAGAACAGGGCUAAAUGUAACAGGGGUCAGUUGUAACAGGAUAAAUAACUUGUUGUGUUGCAGUGCCAGCUGGGUGUUCUGCCCCUGGGGACAGGAAAUGACCUCGCCCGUGUCCUGGGCUGGGGCUCGGCCUGCGACGACGACACACAGCUGCCUCAAAUACUGGAGAAGCUUGAGAGGGCCAGCACCAAGAUGCUUGACAGGUAAGAGAGGUAGGGAGGGAGGAGGACAGAGAGAGGGAGGGAGGAGGUAGAGGGGGGAGAAGUUGUAGAGAGCCAGCACCGAGAUGCUCGACAGGUAGGUGAGGGAGAGGGAGGAGGACGGUGAGGAGUGAAAGAAAAAGAGACUUAGGGAGGAGGAGAGAGAACAGGGGGUGAGGGAAAUAAUCACCAAGAUGCUUGACAGGUGAGAGAGGGAUGAAGAGGGAGGAAGAGCAGGUAACUAACUGUUAAAAAGACACCAUUAAAGGAACCAUAUGCAGAAAUCGCUCCACCAUUUCCUGGUUGUUAAAAUUCUAACAGUUGGCCCAAUUUCAGUUUAUGUGACAAAACAAGCAGUAAUUGUGUAGAGAAUCAUUGUACUAUCGAAACCGCUGUGAAAUAUGUUUCCCAUAACCAGAAAUAUUGUAUUUUAAGCUGUUUGAAGCUUGUGUACAAAACCGAAAAUAAAAGACGAAAAAACUAAACUUAAGAACGGGAAACAUAGAAAUAGAGCACAUAGAACAGAUCUACUGCUUCUUAGACUUGCUUUCAAUGAGAAUGACAGAUCUAUAACUCAAUUUUCUAUGUGAAUUUGGUCGGGUCGCCCAAAAAGUUACAUAUUGUAGCUUUAAGCCAGCUAUCAUUACUCAAAGAAGUUUCUCCUGGUCAGGUCAGGAAGAAAAAACUCCCAGCCCGUAAACUAUCCAUUGUUUUUAUUUUGUGCCCAGGUGGAGUAUUAUGGUGUACGAGACGAAGUUCCCGCGGCAACAUUCCAGCUCCAUGGUGACGGAGGAUUGCAGCGAUGACUCUGAGGUACCUGUCAAUUACAUACAUUCCUGUCAUACACAUCCUGAUAAUUUUAAUUGAAUUAGAGUACAAUUGCAGUUACAUGCCAUUUAUGGAGUCAUUAGACACUUGUCUUCAGAUAUACAGUGAGGGAAAAAAGUAUUUGAUCCCCUGCUGAUUUUGUACGUUUGCCCACUGACAAAGACAUGAUCAGUCUAUAAUUUUAAUGGUAGGUUUAUUUGAACAGUGAGAGACAGAAUAACAACAAAAAAAUCCAGAAAAACGCAUGUCAAAAAUGUUAUGAAUUGAUUUGCAUUUUAAUGAGGGAAAUAAGUAUUUGACCCCUCUGCAAAACAUGACUUAGUACUUGGUGGCAAAACCCUUGUUGGCAAUCAAAGAGGUCAGACAUUUCUUGUAGUUGGCCACCAGGUUUGCACACAUCUCAGGAGGGAUUUUGUCCCACUCCUCUUUGCAGAUCUUCUCCAAGUCAUUAAGGUUUCGAGCCUGAUGUUUCGAGCCUGACCUUCACAGAUUUUCUAUGGGAUUAAGGUCUGGAGACUGGCUAGGCCAUUCCAGGACCUUAAUGUGCUUCUUCUUGAGCCACUCCUUUGUUGCCUUGGCCAUGUGUUUUGGGUCAUUGUCAUGCUGGAAUACCCAUCCACGACCCAUUUUCAAUGCCCUGGCUGAGGGAAGGAGGAUCUCACCCAAGAUUUGACGGUACAUGGUGCCGUCCAUCGUCCCUUUGAUGCGGUGAAGUUGUCCUGUCCCCUUAGCAGAAAAACACCCCCAAAGCAUAAUGUUUCCACCUCCAUGUUUGACGGUGGGGAUGGUGUUCUUGGGGUCAUAGGCAGCAUUCCUCCUCCUCCAAACACGGCGAGUUGAGUUGAUGCCAAAGAGCUCGAUUUUGGUCUCAUCUGACCACAACACUUUCAACCAGUUCUCCUCUGAAUCAUUCAGAUGUUCAUUGGCAAACUUCAGACGGGCCUGUAUAUGUGCUUUCUUGAGCUCAGCUGGUAGAGCACGGCGCUUAUAACGCCAAGGUAGUGGGUUCGAUCCCUGGGACCACCCAUACACAAAAAAAAUGUAUGCACGCAUGACUGUAAGUCGCUUUGGAUAAAAGCGUCUGCUAAAUGGCAUAUUAUUAUUUAUUAUUAUUGAGCAGGGGGACCUUGCGGGCGCUGCAGGAUUUCAGUCCUUCACGGCGUAGUGUGUUACCAAUUGUUUUCUUGGUGACUAUGGUCCCAGCUUCCUUGAGAUCAUUGACAAGAUCCUCCCGUGUAGUUCUGGGCUGAUUCCUCACCGUUCUCAUGAUCAUUGCAACUCCACGAGGUGAGAUCUUGCAUGGAGCCCCAGGCCGAGGGAGAUUGACAGUUCUUUUGUGUUUCUUCCAUUUGCGAAUAAUCGCACCAACUGUUGUCACCUUCUCACCAAGCUGCUUGGCGAUGGUCUUGUAGCCCAUUCUAGCCUUGUGUAGGUCUACAAUCUUAACCCUGACAUCCUUGGAGAGCUCUUUGGUCUUGGCCAUGGUGGAGAGUUUGGAAUCUGAUUGAUUGAUUACUUCUGUGGACAGGUGUCUUUAACAGGUAACUAUUAAAUAACUAACUCUGCCCAACAACACUAACUCUCCCCCUCCCAUGAACUGAAAUUGUAGCUUAUCCACAUGAGUUUGUUGUUGUAAUAUUGUUUGACUUACAUUGUUGUAUAUACAGUUGAAGUCGGAAGUUUACAUACAUCUUCGCCAAAUACAUUUAAACUCAGUUUUUCACAAUUCCUGACAUUUAAUCCUAGUAAAAAUUCCCUGUCUUAGGUCAGUUAGGAUCACCACUUUAUUUUAAGAAUGUGAAAUGUCAGAAUAAUAGUAGAGAUAAUUAUUUAUUUCAGCUUUUAUUUAUUUCAUCACAUUCCCAGUGGGUCAGAAGUUUACAUACACUCAAUUAGUAUUUGGUAGCAUUGCCUUUAAAUUGUUUAACUUGGGUCAAACGUUUCAGGUAGACUUCCACAAGCUUCCCACAAUAAUUUGGGUGAAUUUUGGCCCAUUCCUCCUGACAGAGCUGGUGUAACUGACUCAAGUUUGUAGGCCUCCUUGCUCGCACACACUUUUUCAGUUCUGCCCACACAUUUUCUAUAGGAUUGAGGUCAGGGCUUUGUGAUGGCCACUCCAACACCUUGACUUUGUUGUCCUUAAGCCAUUUUGCCACAACUUUGGAAGUAUGCUUGUGGUCAUUGUCCAUUUGGAAGACCCAUUUGCGACCAAGCUUUAACUUCCUGACUGAUGUCUUGAGAUGUUGCUUCAAUAUAUCCAAUAACAACAGUUCUAUUUUUGUUUCAUCAGACCAUAGGACAUUUCUCCAAAAAGUACAAUCUUUGUCCCCAUGUGCAGUUGCAAACCGUAGUCUGGCUUUUUUAUGGCGGUUUUGGAGCAGUGGCUUCUUCCUUGCUGAGUGGCCUUUCAGGUUAUGUCGAUAUAGGACUCGUUUUACUGAGGAUAUAGAUACUUUUGUACCUGUUUCCUCCAGCAUCUUCACAAGGUCCUUUGCUGUUGUUCUGGGAUUGAUUUGCACUUUUCGCACCAAAGUACGUUCAUCUCUAGGAGACAGAACGUGUCUCCUUCCUGAGCGGGAUGACGGCUGCAUGGUCCCAUGGUGUUUAUACUUGCGUCCUAUUGUUUGUACAGAUAAACGUGGUACCUUCAGGCGUUUGGAAAUUGCUCCCAAGGAUGAACCAGACUUGUGGAGGUCUACAAUUUUUUUUCUGAGGUCUUGACUUCUGACCCACUGAAAUUGUGAUACAGUGAAUUAUUAGUGAAAUAAUCUGUCUGUAAACAAGCUGCUGCCAAGCGUUUGUGUGCGUAUGCGUGUGUCUGUGCCUGUGUGUGUGUGUCUAUUUCACAGUCCCCGCUGUUCCAUAAAGUGUAUUUUUAUCUGUUUUUUUAAUAUGAUUAUACUGCUUGCAUCAGUUACCUGAUGUGGAAUAGAGUUCCAUGUAGUCAUGGCUCUAUGUAGUACUGUGCGCCUCCCAUAGUCUGUUCUGGACUUGGGGAUUGUGAAGAGACCUCUGGUGGCAUGUCUUGUGGUGUAUGCAUGGGUGUCCGAGCUGUGUGCUAGGAGUUUAACAGAAGGCUCGGUGCAUUCAGCUUGUCAACACUUCUUACAAAAACAAUUAGUGAUGAAGUCAAUCUCUCCUCCACUUUGAGCCAUGAGAGAUUGUCAGACUUCUCCCCAUUUUAGUUACUGUCGUAUCAACAUGUUUUGACCAUGAAUGCACUGUAUGUGGUGAUGCUGUGCAGUUGAAGACACAUUUCCUAAAGACUAGCCUGUUUUCGACCUUGAUUGUUACCUGUGCCACAGGUGCAACAUAUUCUGACCUAUGAGGACUCUGUGGCGGCCCACCUGUCCAAGAUCCUGACUUCAGAUCAGCACUCAGUGGUCAUCUCCUCGGCUAAGUAUGUCUGUCGCUUCAAUCAGUCUGCCUACCUGCUAUGUCCAUACCGUUUCUUAUGUCCAGCUUCACUAUCGCAAGUGUAUUUAGGAGUAGGUUUCCGUUGCCCUGACUGUGUUGUGCGUGUUCGUAGGGUACUGUGUGAAACAGUGAAGGACUUUGUGGCUCGAGUGGGGAAGGCCUAUGAGAAGAACAAGGAGAGCUCAGAGGAGUCAGAGGCUAUGGCCAAAAAGGUAAGCUGUGAGGAACCAUUGCUUUGUACCAAUUAUCUCACCUUCCUCCCAACGUGUGCAGUUGUUCACAUCCCUUCACUGAUUUUAUGUAAAUAAUUGGUAUAGGAAAUAUGGUGGAUAAUCCCUCCAGCCAUGUUUGCACUAAUGAAGUGAAUACGAUCUGUGUUGAUUGGUUGCAGUGUGGGGUUCUGAAGGAGAAGCUGGACUCGCUGCUGAAGACACUCAACGAGGAGGCACAGGCAUCUACUAUGAUGCCUGCCCCUCCUCCCACCAUCACUGAGGAGCAGGAAGAGGGCGAGGAGGUUCUUGUGCCAUCACCCGCCCGCCCCCCGUGCUCCCCCAGGCCCCUGACAGCCAUCUUUAAACCCAGGGAACAGCUGAUGCUGAGAGCCAACAGCCUGAAGAAAGCCAUCAGGCAGAUUAUCGAGCACACUGAGAAAGGUGAGAUGUUACCUUCCUACUGCUACUUCUGUUCUGUUGGGGUCAAUUCAGAAAGUAACCUGAAUUUCCAAUUCCAAUUCAGACCUCCAUGAAAAGCAGUUGCCACAGUAGAGCAGGACUCCUUGUAGCCAUGUCUCAGAUCAGACUUGCAGAGUAUGAUAGUUAUUGGAAUUUCAGUUUACUUCCUGAAUUGAGUGAGGUGAAAUGGAAUGGACGUACCCCGACCCUGAGAUAAUAUAGUUGCUAUCUAUACUCAUCCAAAAGAGAGCGGUUUUACCUCUCUCCUCUACGUUUUCAACAUACAGUGCCUUUGGAAAGUAUUCAGACCCCUUCACUUUUUCCACAUUUUGUUACAUUACAGCCUUAUUCUAAAAUUGAUUAAAUUGUUUUUUUCCCUCAUCAAUCUACACACAAUACCCCAUAAUGACAAAGCAAAAACAGUUUUUUUGAUUUUAUUAUAAUAAAAAAAAAACUCCCGGAAAUAUCACAUUUACAUAAGUAUUCAGACCCUUUACUCAGUACUUUGUUGAAGAACCUUCGGCAGCGAUUACAGCAUUGAGUCUUCUUUGGUAUGACGCUACUAGCUUGGCACGUGUAUUUGGGGAGUUUCUCCCAUUCUUCUCUGCAGAUCCUCUCAAGCUCUGUCAGGUUGGAUGGGGAGCGUUGCUGCACAGCUAUUUUCAGGUCUCUCCUUAGAUGUUUGAUGGUGUUCAAGUCCGGGCUCUGGCUGGGCCAUUCAAGGACAUUCAGAGACUUGUCCCGAAGCCCCCUUAGGGCCGUUGUCCUGUUGGAAGGUGCCAGGUUUCCUCCAGACAUGACGCUUGGCAUUCAGGCCAAAGAGUUCAAUCUUGGUUUCAUCAGACCAGAGAAUCUUGUUUUUCAUGGUCUGAGAGUCCUUUAGGUGCCUUUUACUGAAGAGUGGCUUCUGUCUGGCCGCUCUACAAGGCCUGAUUGGUGGAGUGCUACAGAGAUGGUUGUCCUUCUAGAAGGUUCUCCCAUCUCCACAGAGGAACUCUUGAGCUCUGUCAGAGUGACCAUCGGUUUCACCUCCCUGACCUAGGCCCUUCUCCCCUGAUUGCUCAGUUUGGCCGGGUGGACAGCUCUAGAAAGAGUCUUGGUGGUUCCAAACUUCUUCCAUUUAAGAAUGAUGGUGGCCACUGUGUUCUUGGGGACCUUCAAUGCUGCAGACAUUUUUUCGUACCCUUCCCCAGAUCUGUGCCUCGACACAAUCCUGUUUCAGAGCUCUACGGACAAUUCCUUCGACCUCAUGGCUUGGUUUUUGCUCUGACAUGCACUGUCAACUGUGGGACCUUAUAUAGACCGGUGUGUGCCUUUCCAAAUCAUGUCCAAUCAAUUGAAUUUAACACCGGUGGACUCCAAUCAAGUUAUAAAAACAUCUCAAGGAUGAUCAAUGGAAACAGGAUGCACCUGAGCUCAACUUCGAGUCUCAUAGCAAAGGGUCUGAAUAGUCAUGAAAAUAAGGUAUUUCUGUUUUUUAUUAUUAUUAUUUGCGAAAAUGUCUAACCUGUUUUCGCUUUGUCAUUAUGAGGUAUUGUGUGUAGAUUGCUGAUAAUUUGUAUUUAAUCCAUUUUAGAAUAAGGCUGUAAUGUAACAAAAUAUGGAAAAACCAAGGGGUCUGAAUACUUUCCGAAGGCACUGUACCUACUCUUGUUGCUGAACGGUCUUCCUCUCCAUUCUUCUAUCAGUGGUGGACGAGCAGAAUGCCCAGACUCAGGAGGUGUUUUCUCUGGGGGCAGAGGAGGAGGAGGAGGAGGAAGAGCAUGACAAGCUGUUUUUGCAGUCGUCCUACAGUGGGAACGCCUGUAACAGCACCAGGAGCCAUCCAGUCCGCAGAGGUCAGUCAUUGAACCCUGAGUCUCCUAACCUGGGUCGUAAGAAAACAGACCGAACCAGGGAAGGACUACCUUUUAAAGUGUUUUUCAUUGCGUGCCCUAAUGCACACGGACGGCCCAGACAAAACGGAUCAUUUUAAUUAAUGAUGCGUGCCCAUUUAUUCUUGAAGAUUAUCACUUCUAAAUGUGUGUUGUUUUUCAAAUUAAAGAGUGGGCCUUAAAUCAACAUCCCAGUGUCUCAUGUCUUUCUGUGUCUCUGCUUGAUCCCGUAGUGUCCAAGACUCCUUGUGAAAAGCUCAUCAGCAAAGGAAGCCUGUCAAUGGGCAGCUCUGCGUCACUUCCUGCCCAGACAGGAAGUCGAGAGAACAUGCCGAUGCUCAACACCAAGAUCCUCUACCCAAGUAAGGGCACAAGUUCUCACCAGCUCUGUACCAAGGGCCUUCAGUUCCCCAAUCCCAAAUCGACCCCUACCCCCUUGGAUACUUGUGUAAACCGUAGUGCUGCGCGAUUAGUGCUUUUUGAGGUCGGUUCGGUUUCGGUUCGAUUAUUUUUUUAAACAAAUCAGGAUUGCAUUAUGUGUGUUAAAUGCUGUAACAACACAGACUAAAACAAUUAAUAAAAGUCCCAUGAUGGUAGUGACUGCCCAUUACUGCUUAUCACUUAAUAACUAUCAGUUAUUCGCAUUACUUUACUUUCAUAAAAUAUUUCAGUUGUUGUGUAUAUUACAUUUGUUUUAUUUGAUGAUUAUUUCAUUCCAAGUCAUCAUCUCCUCUAUAGAGCUGCUGCCUAUGCUGUCUGAUAAAAUCACUAUUUUAGUAGUUCUUUCAAGUAAAUAAAGCAUACUUUUAUGACUACUGAAUACCAACUAUCAAUUACUUAGAUCAUGUAUUUUCAGGUAGAGAUACCUCGCGAAGAAACUGCUCUCUAUGUAUCCCCUCUUGAUCCGCAUUCUUCUGUCCCUUACAUAGCAGGCUGUAAAAGAAACACAGACCGGACAAGUAGGCGCGCAUUGGAUUAUGGUCAUUGCAGUUAGUUUAGCGCAGAAAACUUGAUAAUUAUGUAGAAUAUUGGCCUGUUGGAAACUACAACUCCCUACUAUAUCGCACAGUUUGGGCAUGAUCUGAUUAAUCUCUAGAGAAACUGCAGCGCAUUGUACGCAUUGAGCUCACAGAAAAAAACAGAAUGAAAUGGAAAUCAAAUAAUUGAACUGACUUUGGACAAUUAGUUGUUUAAAAACCAAAAAAUAACCGACAUCUCUGUUAAUCGCUCAGCACUAGUACACCGGAAAUAAUUGACUUAUAUUUUUGACACUAUUACACUUUAUAUUCCUGUGAUGUAAUUUUGCUCUCUCUGUUCUCAAUUGUCAGUGUUCAGUAUGUGUUAAGUGUGUGUGUGUGUUUAUGUGUGGGUUCAGGUCUCAGGGCUGGUAUCUCUGGCUCCCUCUCCAGCAGUUCGGUCAUCAGCAGACUGCUGGUCAACGCUGACUCCUUCAGCUUCGACCAAGAGACCUUGUGAGUGUCCACGUAUCAGUCUUUCUCCUCCUUCCCAUAAAGGGUUAGUUAACUUUUUAGGUUUUAGCUUAUUUUCAACAUACCUUUGGUGUUGUCAUUUCAUGCAAACUGUUUUUAGGUUUGUUAGCUGGUUAUUAAACAACGUCCAGAAUCUCCUGGGCCAGCGUCUUUGGAGCAUGGAGUAAUGCUAGUGGAAACGGAUUGAACUAGCUAGUGGUGUAUUAAAAAGCAUGGGAAAGAUCUCUUCCUUCCUCUUUCCAUGUCCCUGCUUUCCCCAUGCUUUUCAAGUGAACUAUUCCUUUAAGCUCAACCUCAUCAUCAUCAUCAUCUACCUCUUGCCCCAGAGUCGUGAGUGACCUUGUACUGUGUUUGGUUUCAGUGACUGCUACACUGAGAAAUGUGUGAUGAACAACUACUUUGGGAUCGGCCUGGAUGCUAAGAUCUCACUGGACUUCAACAAUAAGCGGGACGAGCAUCCAGAGAAGUGCAGGUAACUGAGGAAUGAGGCGGAGGCCCCUGCUAACUAAACCAGAUAGACCCAGUCCUGGAUAGGGUGAUAAGCAGAGAUGGAGUCUUGAUCUCGUGGUCUUUGUCUUGAGACCACGUAAAUACAGUGUUGGUCUGGUCAUGGUCUCAAUACACAGAAUCUGGGUUUUGAUAGAUUGGGUCUGGGUCUCAAGGGGUCUAGUCUGGGUCAGUGUAAAACAGACCAAACAGUUCAGAAAUCAAUUUCAGUGUAAACUUAAAAGACUAAAACCACAUAGAAAGAAUGUAGAAAGAUUGUGGAAAGAACAAUCACCAAUGUAAAACCUAGACAGUCAGGGAGAAUCGAAAAUUCCAAAAACACUGAAUUCCGACCGGGCAAGAAGGGCACACCAAUUGGGGCCCACUUUGAUUUUCUUAUAAUGUUUGAGCAUAAGAACGCUGCGUUAGCCAAGGCGAAAUGCGUAGAAUUGUUGAAAAUUAGUCCGAAAUUAGUCCCCCGUCAGUGCAUUUCCGUGAUAAUUUGGACACAAAUCUUCGCAAAUUGCCAUGCAAAAUGUCUGUAUUGCCGCAGCAAAAUCAAGCAUUUCUUACUGCAAAUAUCACAAAAAUAUCACCCCAAAUCCUGGAGAGACUGUUUAUAGCUCAGGCAAACCGCAAAGACCAACGGCUAAAAGCAGUGAGUGGCCGCGACAUGUUAGCUUUCACCUGCUGCUUAAACUGUUCUUCCUCACGGUGUGUUUUGUCCUUUAGAAUAGCAAUGUCUUCCAUUUAUGUGCUACUGCUCUUCACAAAGAGCCUAAUGUUUGUUUGUAGAACAGAGUACAUUUCUUUGUGUUGUGCUUUGUUUCUAUGUAUACAGUAUAUGUGUGUGUGCUCGGUCACUGUGUUAAGCUGUGGGUCGGUCUGUGUUCAGGAGUCGCACCAAGAACAUGAUGUGGUACGGGGUUCUGGGCACCAAGGAGCUGCUGCAUCGCACCUACAAGAACCUAGAGCAGAAGGUACUGCUGGAGGUAAGAAAACACAACAAUAACCAAGUGGGUGCAACUAAGGGUACGGCCACAUUGAGAUUUUGUCUGAAUAUUCCGGAUGGAGCCCAUGGUUUUUCAAUGGCUGUCAUCCGUUGCUGGAUGAAUGACAACGGAGAUUAGUUGAAAUUGUCCAACAAAAAACUUCUCAGACAAAGAACAAUAUAUACGCCUUUGUACGUAUGCAACUCGUCCGGGGAAAAAAGCAUAGAUGAGUUGUACUUUCGACAGAUGGAAACGGACAAUGAUGUACGUCAUAUACUAUUUUAUCUGUGUCACGCGCCUCAAUGUGCCAUUCCCUAAAGAGACUUGACUGUCAUCCCAUAACUCUAACCCUGACCCUAAGGGGCAAUUUGGGAUUGGCACAUCUGUUUUUGGACUUUUCGAUGAAUGUCUGGUGUUAUUAUUGUGAUUGUGGGUGUUUGUAACAGAGCAUAUGCAGACAGUUUUGUUCUGUUACAGUAUGAUAAUGUGUGUGUGUUUCAGUGCGACGGGAGGCCUAUCCCUCUCCCCAGUCUGCAGGGCAUAGCUGUCCUGAACAUCCCCAGCUACGCAGGCGGCACCAACUUCUGGGGCGGGACCAAAGAGGAUGAUGUAAGUGUAAUCAAAAUCCUAAUAUGACUCCAUAGGCAGCUGGAUCUUUUUUUUAUAACACAAUAAUACAAGGUCAUAAAGAUUACAUGACAUUAACAGUACUCACAUGUUUCCUCCACAUUUUUGUUUUUAAUGUUUUAAGCAUCUUUGGGUCUUUUGAAAAGUGCUAUGUAAAUAAGUAAUAUUUUUAUUAUAAUAAUAAUAAUAAUACAAAUUAUUAUUAUUAUUAUUAUUUAUAACCCCUUCCCUCUACAAAAGCAGAAUACCCCAGCACAAAUCUAACCCACAUCACAUCAAUCCUCCCAGUCAGCGUUGUUGUGUUAAUGUGUGACUAACCACGUGAGAUGUACAGUUAAUGUACAAAACAUUAGGAACACCUGCUCUUUCCAUGACAUAGACUGACCAGGUGAAUCCAGGUGAAAGCUAUGAUUCCUUAUUGAUGUCACCUGUUAAAUCCACUUCAAUCAGUGUAAGUAAAGGGCAGGAGACAGGAUAAAGAAGGAUUUUUAAGCUUGAGACAAAUGAGACAUGGAUUACAAAGUGUAAUUAAUAACUUCACCAUUCUCAAAGGGAUAUUUAAUGUCUGCUGUUUUUUAUUUUUACCCAUCUACCAGUAGGUGCCCUUCUUUGCGAGGCAUUGGAAAACCUCCCUGGUCUUUGUGGUUAAAUUUGUGUUUGAAAUUCACUGCUCGACUGAGGGACCUUACAGAAAAUUAAUUGUAUGUUAGUGGUACAGAGAUGAGGUAGUCAUAACAAAAUCAUGUUAUACACUAUUAUUGCACACAGUGUGAACGUAUUUAGGCUUGCCAUAACAAAGGGGUUGAAUACUUACAGAAAAUUAAUCAAGACAUUUCAGCUUUUUAUUAAUUUGUAAACAUUUCUAAAAACAUAGUUCCACUGAAAUUAUGGGGUAUUGUGUGUAGGCCAGUGACACUAAAUUUCAGUUUAAUCCACUUUAAAUUCAGACAGUAACACAACAAAAUGUGGAAAAAAUGAAGCGGUGUUAAUAUUGUGUGUUGCCACUCGACCACAGCUCUUCACAAUAUAUGUGGCAUAUGCUGAGUGUACAAAACAUAAGGAACACAUGCUCUUUCCAUGACAUUGACUAACCAGGUGAAUCCAGGUGAAAAUCUACUUCAAUCAGUGUAGAUGAAGGGGGGAGACAGGUUAAAUAAGGAUUUUUAAGCCUUGAGACAAUUGAGACAUGGAUUGGGUAUGUGUGCCAUUCAGAGGGUGAAUGGGCAAGACAAAAGAUUUGUGUCUUUGAAUGGGGUAUGGUAGCAGGUGCCAGGCGCACCUGCUACCAUACCAACAUGGGCUUGCAUCCCUGUGGAACGCUUUCGACACCUUGUAGAGUUCAUGCCCCGACGAAUUGAGGCUGUUCUGAGGGCAAAAGGGGGUGCAACUCAGUAUUAGGAAGGUCCUAAUGUUUUGUAAACUCAUUGUAUUUUAACAAUUACAUGUCCUCUUCCCUGAAGACGUUCACGGCGCCGUCCUUUGACGAUAAGAUCCUGGAGGUGGUGGCGGUGUUUGGCAGCAUUCAAAUGGCUGUGUCCAGAGUCAUCAACCUGCAGCACCACCGUAUUGCACAGGUAACACAUAACACACACACACACACACACUGCAGACUCUGUUAACAUACAGAUGACUGUGUCUGCAUCCCAAAUGGGCCCUGGCACCCUAUUCCUGUGACCCUGGCAUCCUAUUCCUGUGACACGGACUGUGUGCCAAAUGGCACCCUAUUCCCUUUUGGGACCAGGGCUCAACAGUAGUGCACUAUAUAUAGACAUUUGGGACACAGCCUGUGUCACAGGUUAACCUGCCGCACCACCCACAACAUCGCUUAGGUGAGGCAUCCAGACAGAGUUGUCAGCUAGAGACAUACAUUCCCUUGAAACAGGUCAGCAGCAUUGUCUCAAUGGACAGAAGAGGCUGUCUGUCCAAGUUUUCAUGCAUCAUAAUACACUAUGAAAGCUAAGACACCUUUGGAGAUACUUCGCUAAUGCUUAUCUGACAAACAAUCGUCACCCGUGCAUGAUGUUACAGUUCUUUUCAAUCACUUUGGUGCAAUUAAGGACAAUAAUCUAAACAGACUAAGCACAUUUUCAAUUUACUGAGUACAACAAACAAAUUCACAAAGUCACUUUCUCACUUUUCAUAUGAUUUUCUUGUAAUUUGUUAGUUUUUUUCAAUCACUUAUUUGGCGAAUCUUUCAGUUGUAGGUGGUGUAUUUUCAAAACUCUAAGUACCAAUCUCUAAACUGAUAACACUUGUAAUGCCCCCUAUCUUUAUGGUCAGAACCUUUAAUUGUGCAUUCAUUGGGGUUUCACACAUAUUUCACCCAUGAGUCAUUCAUGCAAAAUCUAAAGUUUUCCGUGAAAUACCAUGAUUUAACACAUUUUGAAAUCUCACAGUAUCAACUUUGCUGUAGAUGUAUUUUAUGCCUGCAGACACUGUAAACUGAGCCAUCCGAUUGGCCAGCGGUAGGCCUAUAGUGCACUUGAUUUGCUCUCCGGGCCCGCCGGGAAGGCAGAGUUUGUACCUUCAGACACCCGGCGCACAGGGCAGCUGAAUCGGGUGCACCUACCGCCAACAGCCCGAGACAAAAAAUAAUAAUAGGAACACAAGGCUUUAUCGUAGUUUUUUUUACAGAAAUGUUUGGCGAUCGACUAGAAAUGCCUUGGAGAUCAACCAGUCAAUCGCAAUCGACCGGUUGGUGACCAUUGCUCUAUAAAGUUGAGUGAAGUUCAAUCUUGUGCUUCUCUCUAUGGGCUGAUGUUUCUACUGCGCGGCAGUCCUGGGGAGCUGCGCGGCAGUCCUGGGGAGCUGCGCGGCAGUCCUGGGGAGCUGCGCGGCAGUCCUGGGGAGCUGCGCGGCAGUCCUGGGGAGCUGCGCGGCAGUCUCGGGCUACUGCUCUACUGAUCACCCACGCACGUGCGCAGCUUAGAGGGACAUUGCCUACUACCAUACCACGUUCAAAGGCACUUCGAUAUUUUGUCUUGCCCAUUCACCCUCUGAAUGGCACACACACAGGCAGGGAGUUAGAAACAUCUGACAAACAGGCCACGGAGCUCCACAUUGGGCACCUCGUCGUCUUUGAUGUUCACAGCUCAUCCUCCGUAAGUAGGCUGGAUCAUCCACUACUGAAAUGUAGCACCCACCUGAGUGACACUUUGGCGCCAGUAAAAGCUCCAGUAAGACCACCACACCUCAGCAGUAGUCUGGAAAAGCCCCCUACGAUACAGUGAUCCCUCAAUCCUGCAUCCCCUCACACCGCAGUCCACUUCCCUCUAGGAACCAGGGGCAGGUGGCCAAAAAGCUGAUGCUGUUGAUCUGGUGUUACUGCAUCUUUCAAAUCAUAUUAGCUAGCUAGCUAGAUAGCUAGCUAGCUGUAUUAGCUAGCCAAGCCAAAACAAAACUGACUUGACAUUGUGGAUAUGGAGGGAAAAAGGUCAAGACCUGAGCUAUUUAAUUUAUUUGUUUUAUUUAUUACAUUUACUAGUUUAUUUAGGCAAUUUAUUUGUUUAGUCCGCAUAAAGCUGAGUGACUCACUCAUUCGUGGCUUUGGUUUAAAAUAAAUAAGUACAGAUCGUUAAAAAAAAAAAAAAAAAAAAAAACAUUUUGACAAUGUUGUGUGUGUGUUCAAUUGUUUGUGACAUUGUGGUUUCAAUGAAGAAUGUAAACAAAUGAAAUCAAAUAAAUCCUAUUCAUAAUUAAUAAUCAGAUGCGUGUUGCGAGUUUGUAAUUUUUCCGACAUACCUAUUAGCCUAUAGCGUAACAACAUAACAACAUAACAAAACAAGAAAUGUACAUUCAAUAUUGUUUAGAUCAAUUGUUUCCAACCUUUUUCGGUUACUGUACCACCAACUGAAUUCUUCUCUGCUCGGAGAACCCCUGAAGUACCCCCUUAUGUGCAUUUUACCAGUAAGCCUAUGGUCUCAUGAGUCUUCUCAAGUACCCCUUGGCCUAGUAGCCCCGGUUGGGAACCACUGGUUUAGAUAAUAAAAUAGUUUAAUUGAAACUUAAAUAAAUAAUUCCAGAAUCGAAUAAAGGCUGCAAAAAUCCUACAUUGUAUUUAGUAUAGGCUUAAUCAAACUUCUACCAGCUGCACCUCUUUAAACUCUAGGCCUAUAUGGUCUGAGUAUGGUCUAUGAACAAAAGCCUGAAUUAGACAACAAAUAAAGCUACUAAAACAAUCUUUAGGCAUAGAAGUAGCCAAUUUAAUUAGCAAAAAUAUUCCAGUCAUCCCUUGAACGAAAGCCUGAAUUAGCCAACAAAUAAAGCUACUAAAACAAUAACUUCAAAACAGUCCAUUCGUCACUUGGCUUUCUUCAAAUUGCUGUGCGGGAAAAGGAUGUCAUCCACCGUGCCUAGUCAGCUGGCUUCUCCUCUCUGUCACCACAAAUCCAGCUGUAGGUGACAGUUUAUCCUUUGGAACCACACAAUUACCAGGUGAAGAGUAGGCUGUUUGCUUGUUUCUAAGGUGAGUGUGGCCACUGAAGCAAUAGAAGAAAUCAACAAGAUCCCCAAGUAUUCUUUUACAAUAGCUGGCCUUAUAUUAUCUUCAGUUUUGCACAGGGAACUGUCCCACUCUGUGGUGGAUAGCACUCUCUACACGCGCACUCACUCUUUGUUUAUGUAAGGGGCUGUAAGGCACAAGUAUCCUAUUUUUUGUCAGUCCACACGAUUGUAUUUACCCAAGUUCUCUUUCAACUCCGGGACCACCUGAUUUAUUUGCCCGAUGCAGGACUCUAGUGGGAGAGGAGAGACAUUCUCGGACAGAAACAUUCACACCUCCAUUCAUUUACAAAAGGUUAGGCUUAUAGCUUGGCUAGGUGUGAAAAAUCAGCCAAUUUGUGCCACAGUUUAGGCUACCGAUAUGCUGCAGUCAGUCAUCUGAGCAAGGUUUAGGAGUACGUUUUUAACCUUCUGAAUGAAUGGGUUUAACCUGCUGAAUUACAUAUUGUAUAUUACCUCAAUUACCUCGAAUGACCUGUACCCCGCACAUUGACUCGGUACCGGUACCACCUGUAUAUAGCCUCGUUAUUGCUAUUUUAUUGUUUUACUUUUUUUUACUUUAGUUUAUUUAGUAUUUUUCUUAAAACUGCAUUGUUGGUUAAGGGCUUGUAAGUAAGCAUUUCACGGUAAGGUCCUACACCUGUUGCAUUCGGCGCGUGUGACAAAUACAAUUCGAUUUGAUUAUAUUGAAGAAAGAAGGCGAAAAGAAGGCGAACAAAUGAUCAUCAAUCCCAGAUAGUCUGUUCUAACGAAAAAAGGUUUUAAAGUCUUUAGCACAGCAAAGAUUGGGGACUCAGGGCAGUACCAUUCCACUCAUCUGAUUCCACUCAUCAGAUUAAAGCUUUGAAGACUGAGAUCGAGUCAUUGAAGGGCAGGGAUACGGGCAACGGCUAAUGCAUUUAUCCGGAGCCAGGCGGCAUUGACGGUGCCAGGCCGCAUUGGCAGAGAGUCAGACCUCUGCCAUAUACUAGUCCAAAGGUGGUCCCGACAGUGAACCACAAAAGAGGCAGGGCUGGGGGGCAGGACUUAAAUAGAUUAUUGGAUGGUAUCCGUGAUUUUGGCUAUGCAUAGCCCACUGUAGGCCUAUUAUAUGGACUGGAAUUACGCGCCUCUUUCAAACCAUGAAGCUGGGAGAGAACAUAAACCAUAAAUUGUUCAGGGACCUACAUGUAGAGUUAUUUGAGUAAUUUGAAGUCAGACCAGCAGAAAGAUAAACAUUCUCUGAGGGCAGAGAUAUGGGCGACAGCUGACGCAUUGGUCCAGAGCCAGGCGGCAUUGACGGAGUGCCAGGCCACAUUGGCGGGGCGGAGAAUGAAGUGUUGAAGGGAUGAGAUUUUGGAGUCACAAUCCAUGUCAGGCACACCUUUGAUCUCUGAAACUCCACCUCUGACAGGCAGAGGCAACAACCGUGGCGGAUUCGUCAGGUCGUCGGUUCACCCUGACAUUUCCAUUCCUCAUCUGACACCAGAACUUGAUGAACUGCUCACCAGGCACAGCAAUGGCCAUCCAGACCGUUAUGCUGUUCUGCUAUUCCAAGGAUGUGUAACCGACGAGAAAUACCACGAGUGGACACAGAAUACCAACUGGGAUGGAUCCCAAGGCAAAUUUGACUUACAAGUUAACCUCUGAGUGUUCAUCAUGAAUACUGUGUCUCAGAUGUUUCCCUCCCAUGAGCGAUGCAACCCCAAAAAACAAUAAAUGAGUACUUGAGGUCGCCGAGGAAGUCCAGACAUGGCUUCUCUCCCUUAUCUAAGGAAUUAGGUUACAGUAAAAAUGUCAUUGUCCUGUUGUUUUUUGUCACACUGUACAGUAGCCUAAUAAACAUCUGCACUUUGAAACAGUCUUUUAAAAAAUCUAAUUCGAUAAUAUAUUUCUACUACUGUAGAUGCAGAUGCUGUGUUUUUUGUUUUUAGAUACAGUACUGGGCUUACAGCAAUGUUGGACAUUGGUCACAGUUCACGCCUUGAUGAGCCAUUAAAUUGGACAAUAGCCAGCCCAAACUCUCAUAAUAGUUAAUUGGUGAUCAAAACUAAUUUGAAUGAGAGUAGAGGUUUGUGUGUUCUUCAGGAAAAAAAUACAUUAUUUAAAACGAUAAUAAUCGUAAAUAAAGGACAGGAUAUUAAAUCAACAAAAUAAUUGAGAAUGGAACGAGAAUGGAACGAGUCACAUUUGAAUUGACAUGACCAGAUUUAAUUUAAACGACCAAAUGUUGGCCUUUAACCAUCCAAAUAGUUCAUACAAUAUUCUGCCCAUAUUUGUAUUUUUGUAUUAACGGAUGUUUUAGUACAGAAGUACAUAGGCCUACAUACAGUCCUAGCAAAAGUAUUCAUCCCCCUUGGCGUUUUUUCCUAUUUUGAUUUUGAUUUUGAUUUCAUGUACACAAAAUAGUCCAAAUUGGUGAAGUGAAAUGAAAAAAAUUACUUGUUUCAAAAAAUUAUAACAAAUAAAUAACGGAAAAGUGGUGUGUGCAUAUGUAUUCACCCCCUUUGCUAUGAAGCCCCUAAAUAAGAUCUGGUGCAACCAAUUACCUUCAGACGUCACAUAAUUAGUUAAAUAAAGUUCACCUGUGUGCAAUCUUAAGUGUCACAUGAUCUGUCACAUGAUCUCAGUAUAUAUACACCUGUUCUGAAAGGCCCCAGAGUCUGCAACACCACUAAGCAAGGGUCACCACCAAGCAAGCGGCACCAUGAAGACCAAGGAGCUCUCCAAACAGGUCAGGGACAAAGUUGUGGAGAAGUACAGAUCAAGGUUAGGUUAUAAACAUCCCACAGAGCACCAUUAAAUCCAUUAUUAAAAAAUUGAAAGAAUAUGGCACCACAACAAACCUGCCAAGAGAGGGCCGCCCACCAAAACUCACAGACCAGGCAAGAAGGGCAUUAAUCAGAGAGGCAACAAAGAGACCAAAGAUAACCCUGAAGGAGCUGCAAAGCACCACAGCGGAGAUUGGAGUAUCUGUCCAUAGGACCACUUUAAGCCGUACACUCCACAGUAUUGUACCACUGACUGUGCCACAAAUGCUAAAAAAUGUGCUUUUGGAAACAGUGACCAGGCUCCCGAGUGGCGCAGCGGUCUAAGGCACUGCAUCUCAGUGCUUGAGGCGUCACUACAGACCCCCGGGUCGAUUCCAGGCUGUAUCACAACCGGCCGUGAUUGGGAGUCCCAUAGGGCGGCGCACAAUUGGCCCAGCGCCGUCCGGGUUUGGCCGGUGUAGGCCAUCAUUGUAAAUAAGAAUUUGUUCUUAACUGACUUGCCUAGUAAAAUAAAAAAAAGCAAAAGCAAAUCAUCGAUUGCUGUCAUACCUUGUCCAUAAACUGCUUAUAGUGUAAGGAGACCAAUAUGUAAUUUUGUAAUUUGGGUUGUAAAUGGAAGCAUAUACAGUGUGCAGGCCUUUCUGUAUACUUUAUUAGCCCAGUACUUAUGUUUUUAAUCAUGAGCGUAUGACCAUGAAUAUGGACAUAGAUAGCAAAUGACCAGUCUCUUUCGUGGUUUCAUAGCGUACUGUCUGGUUGAAUCUUUCUCCCCGUCUGUUCUCCUGUUGCAGUGUCGUACAGUGAAGAUCACCAUCCUCGGGGAUGAGGGGGUGCCGGUGCAGGUGGACGGAGAGGCCUGGGUCCAGCCCCCUGGGUAUAUCAAGAUUAUCCACAAGAACCGCACCCAGACCCUCACCAGAGACCGAGUGAGUACACAUCUGUGGGGUUACACAGAUUCCUUAUUUCUAGGGCCUUGAGUUUUGCCUGACCAAGUAAGAUCCAGUUUUUCCAGGUCCAGUCGUGGUCCGGAAAUACACGGCAUCCAAACAUUGGCAUUCAACCUGACAUUGAGGCUCAUUCUGUGAAUAUGCUACUGUAUAUAUUACAUUAAAGUGCAAAUUAUCAGAAAAGGUACAGGUUCUCCUUAUCAUGUUCUGCAGUUGUAAUUGACAUGAUUUGUUUGUACAGUAUUUGUAUCUAUCUUGUGUAAAUGUUGCCGUUAUAUUGCAGUCAUAUAUUAACUUGACAUAUCGCAUCUGACUUGCCACAACUGUAGUUCCCUUGGGAAGAAUACAACUAUUCUAUUCUAUCCUAUUCUAUUCUAUUUAACCUGUUGCCUGCUUGUCCCAGGCCUUUGAGAGCACGCUGAAGUCGUGGGAAGACAAGCAGAGGUGCGAGUUCCCCCGUCCCCUGCCCCAGUAUGCAUUGCAGCCGGAGAUCGUAUCCGAGGAAGAAGCCUCCCAGAUCAACCUGUUUGGCCAGGCGGCCGGCGCCCUCAUCCACAGGUAAGAUAACAUUAUAUUAAUUAAUAAUAGCAUUAGAUUAAAGCAGGGUAGGGUUAAAUUCCAUUUAGAUUGAAAAAAACAUUCUUGAAAAUAUUAUUUUUUCUCAAAUUGGAAUUUCAGAUCAUCAAAAUGGAUUUGUCCAUGACCAUGAUAUACAAUGCCCUCGUGGGUUAUCUAACGGCCAAACUAUACCAGACACUCCGAUGCACCGUUUGCUGCUUCUGGCGUAGCAUGCCAAAAACAGCACUUACGGAAUGCUUGUGAUAUGCUUGCAGUGUAGUUUCCCAGUAACAUUAGUUGUUAGAGGUCAUCACGAACUGUGUGUGUGUUCCCAGUAUCCGAGAGAUCGCCCAGUCCCACCCCAGUAUGGAGCAGGAGCUGGCCCAUGCCGUCAACGCAAGCUCAAAGGCCAUGGACGUGGUCUACGCCAACUCCAAGAGCACAGGGGUAUGUGCGGCUCCUGUUCUACCUUUAUUUUAUACUAGUCAACCAACUUCUAGUAGUACAGGGGUGCCCAACAUACGGCCCGCGUGCCAAAUGCAGCUGAGUGCCAGUCUUUUUUGGCUCAUACGGUAUUCAUACCCCUUGACAUAUUCCACAUUUUGUUGGGUUACAGCCUGAAUUCAAAAUAGAUUAAAUAAAUACAAAAAUCACCCAUCUACACACAAUGCCCAUAAUGACAAAGUGAAAACAUGUUUUUUGACAUUUUUGCAAAUGUAUUGAAAAUGAAAUACAGAAAUAUGACAUUUACAUAAGUAUUCACACCCCUGAGCCAAUACUUUGUAGAAUCACUUUUGGCAGCGAUGACAGCUGUGAGUCUUUCUGGGUAAGAUUGUGCAACAUUUGCCCAUUUAUUAUUUUCAAAAUUCUUCAAACUUUGUCAAAUUGUUUGUUGAUCAUUGCUAGACAACAAUUUGCAGGUCUUGCCAUAGAUUUUCAAGUAGAUUUAAGUAAAAACUGUAACUAGGCCACUCAGGAACAUUCACUAUCUUCUUGGUAAGCAACUCCAGUGUAGAUUUGGCCUUGUGUUUUAGGUUAUUGUCCUGCUGAAAGGUGAAUUCACCUCCCAGUGUCUGGUGGAAAGCAGACAGAAGCAUGUUUUCCUCUAGGAUUUUGCCUGUGCUUGGCUCCAUUCCGUUUCUUUUUUAUCCUGAAAAACUCCCCAGUCCUUAAUGAUUACAAGCAUACCCAUAACAUGAUGCAGCCAUCACUAUGCUUGAAAAUAGAGAUUGGUACUCAGUAAUGUGUUGCAUUGGAUUUGCCUCAAACAUAACACUUUGUAUUCAGGACAAAAAGUGAAUUGCUUUGCCACAUUUCUUGCAGGCCUAGUUAAAUGCAAAAAAAAUUAUAAUCUGGCCUUGUGUUCUAAAAAUAUAUCUAGUUUUUCAUUUGAGUUCAUGAGUUCAAUAUAAUUUAUUGUGGCAGAACCUAAGACAUUUAGUUGUGAUACAUAUGGAUUCCCCCUGUGAAGAAACAGUGUAGAAUUGAAGGAAAUUGUUUAGACAUUUUAUUUUAUUUUAUUUAAAAAUUGGUUUUAGUUUUUUAGUUUAUUACCUCCUUUUUCUCCCCAAUUUCGAUAUUGUCUCAUUGCUGCAACUCCCCAACGGGCUCAGGAGGUGAAGGUUGAGUCAUGCGUCCUCCGAAACAUGACCCGCCAAACCGCGCUACUUAACACCCGCCCGCUUAACCGGGAGGCCAGCCGCACCAAUGUGACGGAGGAAACAGAGUUCAACUGACGACCGAGGUCAGCCUGUAGGCGCCCAGCCCGCCACAAGGAGUCGCUAGAGCGCGAUGAGCCAAGUAAAGCCCCCUCCGGCCAAACCAUCCCCUAACCCGGACAAUUGUGCGCCGCCCUAUGGGACUCCCGAUCACAGCCGGUUGACACCUCUAGAACUGCGAUGCAGUGCCUUAGACCGCUGCGCCACUCGGGAGGCCUUAAUUUUAAAAUGUUUAAUAUAAAAUAAAAUUGCACCCCCACUUUCAGUCACGUGCCCAUGUCUUAUAUUAUAAUACCAUAAGCCACAAUUUGAGUGGUGCCCGCCACCAAGUGCGGUUUUCAGAUCUCACCAUAGGUUUUGGAUGUUUCAGAUCUGGACUCUUUGCUGUAGAAAGCCAGUAGAAAGCUGCAGCAAGCUCAUUUGAUGGCUACAAGAAGUGUUUGUUGGCAGUUACAAUACAUUGACAAAAGUAUGUGGACUCGUCGAACAGCUCAUUCCAAAAUCAUGACCAUUAAUAUAGAGUUGGUCCCCCCUUUACUGCUAUAACAUAAUCCUCUAGAAUGUCAUUGUAUGCUGUAGCAUUAAGAUUUCCCUUCACUGAAGGUAACGGGCUUAGCCCGAACCAUGAAAAACAGCCCCAGACCAUUAAUCCUCCUCCACCAAACUUUACAGUUGGUACUAUGCAUUGGGGCAGGUAGCGUUCUCCUGGCAUCUGCCAAACCCAGAUUCGUCCGUCGGACUGCCAGAUGGUGACGCGUGAUUCAUCAUUCCAGACAACGCGUUUCCACUGCUCCAGAGUCCAAUGGCGGCAAGCUUUAAACCACUCCAGCCGACGCUUGGCAUUGCGCAUGGUGAUCUUAGGCUUGUGUGCGGCUGCUCAGCCAUGGAAACCCAUUUCAUGAAGCUCCUGACGAACAGUUCUUGUGCUGACGUUGCUUCCAGAGACAGUUUGGAACUUGGUAGUGAGUGUAUCAACCGAGGACAGACGAUUUUUACGCACUACGCGCUUCAGCACUCGGCAGUCCCAUUCUGUGAGCUUGUGUGGCCUACCACUUCGCGGCUGAACCGGUGUUACUCCUAGACGUUUCCACUUCACAAUAACAGCACUUACAGUGCAGCUCUAGCAGGGCAGACAUUUGAUGAACUGACUUGUUGGAAAGGUGGCAUCCUAUGACCGUGCCACGUUGAAAGUCACUGAGCUCUUAAGUAAGGCCAUUCUACUGCCAAUGUUUGUCUAUGGGGAUUGCAUGGCUGUGUGCUCGAUUUUAUACACCUGUCAGCAACGGGUGUGGCUGAAAUAGCCGAAUCCACUAAUUUGAAGGGGUGUCCACAUAAUUUUGUAUAUAUAGUGUAUCUUAGCCAAAGGCUGUUCAACCAAGUACUAGCUUCGGGGUGCCAAUAAUUUUGUCCAUGCCAUUUGUCAUUAAUUUGUUAAUUAAAAUUAUGAACUUAAGUUUACAAUAAUAUAAUUGGUUCUAUAGUUUUUCAAUUUCAACUUAUUCUAGAAGAAAUAGGGAAUUAUUUAAGAAAUUGCAAGAGUGCCAAUAUAUUUGGCCGCAACUGUAUGUUUUAAAAAAUAUAUAUUUUUAUUUAACCAGGAAAGUCAGUUAAGAACCAAUUCUAAUUUACAAUGACGGCCUACCCUGGCCAAACCCUCCCCUAACCCGGACGACGCUGGGCCAAUUGUGCGCCGCCCUAUGGGAUUCCCGAUCACGGCCGGUUGUGAUACAGCCCGGGAUCGAACCCGAGUCUGUAGUGACGCCACUAGCACUGCGAUGCAGUACCUUAGACCGCUGCGCCACUCAGUCCCCUAUGUUAGAGCAAGGUGAGUUAUAGGUUACAGAGGAUACAGUAAAGUGAAGAGAGAAAUGUUGAUUUUGGAAUUAUUGAUCAUAUUCCAUGAUAUGUCCACUCUAGCAGAGCCCUUAUGGUAAAGUGAUGGAUAUGACCUUGCAUUCUUCCCCCAAUGACCUGCGUAUACAGUGAGGGAAAAAAGUAUUUGAUCCCCUGCUGAUUUUGUACGAUUGCCCACUGACAAAGACAUGAUCAGUCUAUAAUUUUAAUGGUAGGUUUAUUUGAACAGUGAGAGACAGAAUAACAACAAAAAAAUCCAGAAAAACGCAUGUAAAAAAUGUUAGAAAUUGAUUUGCAUUUUAAUGAGGGAAAUAAGUAUUUGACCCCUCUGCAAAACAUGACUUAGUACUUGGUGGCAAAACUCUUGUUGGCAAUCACAGAGGUCAGACGUUUCUUGUAGUUGGCCACCAGGUUUGCACACAUCUCAGGAGGGAUUUUGUCCCACUCCUCUUUGCAGAUCUUCUCCAAGUCAUUAAGGUUUCGAGGCUGACGUUUGGCAACUCGAACCUUCAGCUCCCUCCACAGAUUUUCUAUGGGAUUAAGAUCUGGAGACUGGCUAGGCCACUCCAGGACCUUAAUGUGCUUCUUCUUGAGCCACUCCUUUGUUGCCUUGGCCGUGUGUUUUGGGUCAUUGUCAUGCUGGAAUACUUAUCCACGACCCAUUUGCAAUGCCCUGGCUGAGGGAAGGAGGUUCUCACCCAAGAUUUGACGGUACAUGGCCCCGUCCAUCGUCCCUUUGAUGCGGUGAAGUUGUCAUGUCCCCUUAGCAGAAAAACACCCCCAAAGCAUAAUGUUUCCACCUCCAGGUUUGACGGUGGGGAUGGUGUUCUUGGGGUCAUAGGCAGCAUUCCUCCUCCUCCAAACACGGCGAGUUGAGUUGAUGCCAAAGAGCUCGAUUUCGGUCUCAUCUGACCACAACACUUUCACCCAGUUCUCCCCUGAAUCAUUCAGAUGUUCAUUGGCAAACUUCAUCAAUGUUCCUCAGCCUAUAAGAGGCUGCUCUCUAGUGGUCAAAUAAAAGCAUUAACGCAAAAAUACAACAUUAGGAUCUCCAGUUGGAUGUUAAUUUUGUAAGUAAUCAUAACAUUUGAAAUGCAAUGAAAAUCUAUAUUUAAAUGUAGGCCUACCACUUUUUUCAAGAAAAUAUGUUUUUUAUGGCGCAAAAAAACAUGGAGGGGGGUGCCCCGCAGGAAAACACCAGAGGUGUGGCCCAAAGUCCUUCUGAAAUCUGGAACAAAGUCAAAACAAGACAUCGGGUAGGAAGGUUAAUGUUAGGGUCAGUAUACUACAGUGGGGAGAACAAGUAUUUGAUACACUGCCGAUUUUGCAGGUUUUCCUACUUACAAAGCAUGUAGAGGUCUUUAAUUUUUAUCAUAGGUACACUUCAACUGUGAGAGACGGAAUCUAAAACAAAAAUCCAGAAAAUCACAUUGUAUGAUUUUUAAGUAAUUAAUUUGCAUUUUAUUGCAUGACAUAAGUAUUUGAUACAUCAGAAAAGCAGAACUUAAUAUUUGGAGCAGCUUGGUGAGAAGGCAACAACUGUUGGGGCAAUUAUUAGAAAAUGGAAGAAGUUCAAGAUGACGGUCAAUCAUCCUCGGUCUGGGGCUCCAUGCAAGAUCUCACCUUGUGGGGCAUCAAUGAUCAUGAGGAAGGUGAGAGAUCACCCCAGAACUACACGGCAGGACCUGGUCAUGACCUGAAGAGAGCUGGGACCACCGUCUCAAAGAAAACCAUUAGUAACACACUACGCCGUCAUGGAUUUAAAUUCUGCAGCGCACACAAGGUCCCCCUGCUCAAGCCAGCGCAUGUCCAGGCCCGUCUGAAGUUUGCCAAUGACCAUCUGGAUGAUCCAGAGGAGGAAUGGGAGAAGGUCAUGUGGUCUGAUAAGACAAAAAUAGAGCUUUUUGGUCUAAACUCCACUCGCCGUGUUUGGAGGAAGAAGAAGGAUGAGUACAACCCCAAGAACACCAUCCCAACUGUGAAGCAUGGAGGUGAAAACAUCAUUCUUUGUCGGAUGCUUUUCUGCAAAGGGGACAGGACGACUGCACCGUAUUGAGGGGAGGAUGGAUGGGGCCAUGUAUCGCGAGAUCUUGGCCAACAACCUCCUUCCCUCAGUAAGAGCAUUGAAAAUGGGUCGUGGCUGGGUCUUCCAGCAUGACAACGACCCAAAACACACAGCCAGGGCAACUAAGGAGUGGCUCCGUAAGAAGCAUCUCAAGGUCCUGGAGUGGCCUAGCCAGUCUCCAGACCUGAACCCAAUAGAACAUCUUUGGAGGGAGCUGAAAGUCCGUAUUGCCCAGCGACAGCCCCGAAACCUGAAGGAUCUGGAGAAGGUAUGGAGGAGUGGGCCAAAAUCCCUGCUGCAGUGUGUGCAAACCUGGUCAAGACCUACAGGAAACGUAUGAUCUCUGUAAUUGCAAACAAAGGUUUCUGUACCAAAUAUUAAGUUCUGCUUUUCUGAUGUAUCAAAUACUUAUGUCAUGCAAUAAAAUGCAAAUUAAUUAGUUUAAAAUCAUACAAUGUGAUUUUCUGGAUUUUUGUUUUAGAUUCAGUCUCUCACAGUUGAAGUGUACUUAUGAUAAAAAUGACAGACCUCUACAUGCUUUGUAAGUAGGAAAACCUGCAAAAUCGGCAGUGUAUCAAAUACUUGUUAUCCCCACUGUACAAUGCACAUUGUCCCCCCGCUUCUGUGGUUAACGAAAUGCAUCUGUGGUGUGUGUACAUAUGUUAUGUGUUAAUGUCUGUUCUACGCAGGGUCUGAACUGCAGUGUUGUGGUUCAGAUGGUCAGUAACGUCAAGGCCCUUCACAGUGAGACAGAGCUGCUACUGGCAGGCAAGAUGUGCCUGGUAAGUCUCAAAGCUGUUGUCUGCCUGCCUGUCAGUGUGUCAGUCUACAUAUGUUUUUGUAACUGAGAAUGUCUUCCCAGCAGUUGGACCCUCCUCAGAAGGAGCAGUUGACUGGAGCCCUGGGCACUGUGGCCCAGCAGCUACUCAGACUGCCAGACAUACCCUGGCUGGGUCAGCUCAUCGAACCUGGGGAUGAUGAGGUAGAUCUAGAUGCUACCACACACACUAUUCACACCAGCCACUUACCUCAGUGUUUUUCAAUCUUAGUCCUAGGGACCCACAGGGCAGUACAUUUUAGUCCCUGUCCAGUAAUACCACACCUGAUUUAACCCCUUACACUUGUGGGGAAUUGGCCUGUAUGGAUAGGGCUACAUUGAAAUGUUUCUUACUGAAGUGGAAAUAUGGAAAACAUCUAUAACCAUGGUAACAAUUAAAAGGGAACAGUUUGGAGAUUAUGGGGAAAUUAUUAGACUAAAGGUGAUGGCACAACAGUUCACCUGACACAAGACUGAAUCCAAACAUUAUACUGUUGAUUUUAUGUGCAUUUUACAUUUACUGUACUUUUUACAUUUGCUGUACUUUUCGCCACAUUUGUUCAUGACGAAAUCUGAAAAUACUCUGGAUACAUUCAGUAAAAUAAUAAGAACAUUUGGGGUAGGUGCAACAUAGGACAAACAAAUGACAAGGGUUUGAGUGAGAGGUCUAACUGGUGAUUCCAAGUGGCCACACACCUCUCCAAAGUAAUUUCAAUGCACUUUUAUGACUCAAAGAACAGUCUUCAACUAUAAGGUGCUGUUUUGAGCUCUCCUAGCUGUGCCGUUGAGGAACUAUAGCGAUCACACUUGUAGUUGUUUUCUUUGGAACACAGCCCUGCAUCCCUGUCUUUACACAAUUACUGUUGUUGUUUACGCAGUCCAAAAAAGGUCCAUUAUAAAUUGCAAUCGGUCAGGUGGGCAUAAUUUGUUUGCUUGUUCUAUUGCCAACAUGACUAGCUCAAUUAUCAAAUACGAUCUCACUAGGCAAUUCAGAGAAGCAGAUCGUAAUUCUGGUGCGCAUAGAAUGGAGUGCAUUCAGAUGCGUGGUCCGUGGAACAUUUUCGUCAGAAUACAGCAAACAGCCUCAUUCUAUUCUGGACAACCCAGGGUAUAACGCCAUGUCAUCUUGUAACUGUACAUCAAACAAAUUGAUCAUAAACUUUUGACACAGUAUAUUGAAUGAGUUUUAUGAUAUGGAAAUGUGAAGUGCACAUUUGGACUAACAGGUGUUUGGCUUGCUUGUAGGACAUCAAAGCAGGAUUUAUUAUAAUCCACAACGUCUCAUCUUUCAAGUCCUCGUAAUUUACAGCAUUUCCCUCAUUUAGACAACAAUAAAUGUGGUAAAAUUGCCCAAUUAGCGGGAGGGAUGGGGGCCACUUCUUGUCGCACGGUGCUCAAGUUCAGAAAGGCUGUCAGUCAAAACCCAUACAGAGCUGUGAAGCGGAGACCCUGAGCUCUGACAUCAUGUAUAGCAUGUUACUGUACAGCCACUUUGUUCCAAUUUAGGUGCUUAUCAGUGUCUAAAUCUGCCAUUUUCAACGCGUAUACGGGUACGAGUGUAAAGGGCUGCCUAAUCAAGGUCUUGAUGAUUUAUUAAUUGAAUCAGGUCGGUGUGUUAGUGCUAGGCUAGAGUAAAACUGUUCAACUCUGUGGGUCUAUAGUACUGGACAGUCUGUAUCACCCAAUGUCUAACCUGUCUGUCUGGCUGUUUUUCUCUCUAACCUAUCUGUCUUGUCUGUCUAACCUGGCUGUCUUUCUCUCUAACCUGUCUGUUUCUGCAGGGACACCUGACAGAUUUCUCCAAGCGUAGCCGCAGUGCCAAGUUCCGUCUCGUCCCCAAGUUCAAGAAGGACAAAAACAACAAGAACAAGGAGGCCUGUGCCACUCUCACACUGCCAGGUACUAUCUACCUCUCUUUUUCUCCCAAUCUCUCUCUCACAGCAAUUAGUCUGGAACACUCUGGGUUAAAUCAUCUUUGGACGAUGACAAAUCAGUGUCAACACUCUUUGAAAAUCACGUUCAAUUCUUUCUGAGGUCGCCACAACCUUCCACACACCACCGAUCUCUCUUCUGAUUGGUUAACCGAUCAAAGACCUUCGCUCUGAUUGGCUAUCAUAAGCAGAGCUCCUGGCCCAGUGGCUCCAGGUAGAAGUCUACCCGUAUACACAGAUCUAUGGCAUCUAUGGUCAGCUUACCCUGCCCUGAUCUUAACUUUAACCAUUAAAAGUAAAAAAAACUGACCUUAGAUCAGCAUCUUCUGACAACCUAAUCUUACCCUGACCCAGUGUGUUUAUGGUCUGGACUGGAGUAGGUCGAAGUUCCCCUUAACCACUGAUACAGGGUCAUAUAUUUUUUCAUCCCCCUAAUGGUCAACGUUAGGAUUGACGGUAGGUUCAUCUGAUCCUAGAGCUGCGGUUAAGUGCUGUACCAGGGUUGUGGCGUCUCUCUGUGGUGUGGUUGGGGGUCUGAAGGGGGUCUUGCUUUCUGCAGUGCACCAGUGGGGCACAGAGGAGGUAGCCACCUGGCUGGAGCUCAUCUGUCUCACCGAGUACAAGGAGAUCUUUAUUGGGCACGACGUGCGCGGCGCCGAGCUGCUGCACCUGGAGAGGAGGGACCUCAAGGUACUGCACACACACACAGGCUGUCCCAGAUAUCUCUCCUUCCUCCCAAAGUGUGCACUUGUUUACUUCCCUUCACUGAUUUGAAAGGAAAUGAGUGUGGCAUAAGAAACUCCCACUAGCCCAUGCCUCCAACCAAUCCAAUGCUUUUAGGUUUGUGGGAAGUAGUGAAAGAGCAGUGAUGGGGAGUAGAGAACUAAAUGUAGUUCAACUAGUAAUUUCAUUACAUUUUUCUGUAGCUUGGUGGUAGUUGAACUAAAUUCAAAUAUUGGUAGUGUUUUCAGUAGUUUUUUGCCAUUUUGCGGUGUAGCUAACUACUGGAACUACACACUUAUUUUUUUGCAAAAAGAACAGAAAAUAUGGGUGAAGUGGGCAAGAUGUCCUUUCUUUUUUGGCAUCAGACCUGCCUAAUUUUCACUUGAAACAUUCGUUUUGGGUUUAAAAGGCUAAAUUACACAUUAUGUUAGCAUCUGAUUCCAGAGUGCAAUUUGUAAUCUAUGACAUUUUCGAUAUGAUAAUUUUUCACAAAGUAUACUGAACAAAAAUAAAAAUAAACGCAACAUGUAAAGUGUUGGGUCCCAUGUUUCAUGAGCUGAAGUAAAAGUUUCCAGAAAUUUCCCAUACGCAAUUUUCCAUUUCUCUCAAAUGUUGUGCACAAAUUUGUUUACAUUCCUGUUAGGUAGCAUUUCUCCUUUGCCAAGAUAAUCUAUCCACCUGACAGGUGUGGCAUAUCAAGAAGCUGAUUAAACAGCAUGAUCAUUACACAGGUGUACCUUGUGCUGGGGGAAAAAAAAGGCCACUCUAAAAUGUGCAGUUAUGUCACACAACACCAUGCCACAGAUGUCUCAAGUUUUGAGGGAGCGUGCAAUUAGCAUGCUGACUGCAGGAAUGUCCACCAGAGCUGUUGCCAGAGAAUUGAAUGGUAAUUUCUCUACCAUAAGCCGCCUCUAACAUCGUUUUAGAGAAUUUGGCAGUACGUCCAACCGGCCUCACAACCGCAAACCACUUGUAUGGCGUUGUGGGGCGAGUGUUUUGCUGAUGUCAACGUUGUGAACAGAGUGCCCCAUGGUGGCGGUGGGGUUAUGGUAUGGGCAGGCAUAAGCUACGGACAACGAACACAAUCGCAUUUUAUUGAUGGCAAUUUGAAUGCACAUAGAUGCCAUGACGAGAUCCUGAGGCCCAUUGUCAUGCCAUUCAUCCUCUGCCAUCACCUCAUGUUUCAGCACGUCAAUGCACGGACCCAUGUCGCAAGGAUCUGUACAAAAUUCCUGUAAGCUGAAAAUGUCCCAGUUCUUCCAUGGCCUGCAUACUCACCUGACAUGUCACCCAUUGAGCAUGUUUGGGAUGCUCUGGAUCGACGUAUACGACAGUGUGUUCCAGUUCCUGCCAAUAUACAGCAACUUCGCACAGCCAUUGAAGAGGAUUGGGACAACAUUCCACAGGCCACAAUCAACAGCCUGAUCAACUCUAUGCGAAGGAGAUGUCGCGUAGCAUGAGGCAAAUGGUGGUCACACCAGACACUGACUGAUUUUCUGAUCCACGGCCAUACUUUUUGUUGUUGUUGGUAUCUGUGACCAACAGAUGCAUAUCUGUAUUCCCAGUCAUGUGAAAUCCAUAGAUUAGGGCUUAAUGAAUUUAUUUCAAUUGACUGAUUUCCUUAUAUGAACUGUAACUCAGUCAAAUCUUUUAAAUUGUUGCGUAAAAUUUUUUGUUCAGCAUAGUUUGGAUGUAGUUUACUACUUUUUCAAAGUAACUUUAGUUAAGUAAACUUUGUUUCUUUAAGGGUAGCUUUAGUGUAGUCUGCUAAAUGACUAAAAUGUAAAAUGUAAACUAUAUUUUCAGAGUAGCUUCCCCAACACUGUGAACGAGUGCACACGUCAUGUGAAAGGAGAUAUUAUUGGACAUACCCAUUCUUUCAGGUGCCAGGUAGAGCUUUCUUAUGUUUCGCUACUCUGGGGCUCAUGGGUGUUUUGAUUUUAUUCCCUGGCUAUUGAUUUAAGGUAUUUAUAGAGCUUGGGGUUUUCCCUGCCAGGUGACGUCUGGAAAAAGUCCUGACCCUACAUGGUACAUGGGUCCACGUGUGUCUUGGUGUUUGUUCUAAUUUGUGUGUGUGUGUGUCCGUCCAUUGCAGGACUUGGGGGUGACGAAGGUUGGCCACAUGAAGCGUAUCCUCCAGGGUAUCAGAGAGUUGAGUCGCAGCAGCAGCACUGCCAGCGAAGCC